GGUGAGGCGCAGGAGGCGGAGACCAAAGGGGACGCUCGCUCGCUCGCUCGGUCUGUCGGCGGCCCGUUCGCUCUCUCGCUUGCUCGGGGGAGGAGGAGGGGGCGGCCGGGGAAGAAGGAGCCCACCGCCCGGGGAGAGACGAGGCGGCCGAGAGAAAGAGCGAGGCCCCCGCCUCAGAACGCCUCAGCAGCAGGUCAGUGGCGGGAGGGCGGCCGGGCCGGCCUCCCCUCAGGGGUUGCGGGGCGGGGGCGCGCCUGCCGUUCUUUCCCGCGCGCCCGUCUCCCGGGGGGGGGGGGUCUCCGGGUCCCGCCUGCCUCCUUCCGAGGCGGGAGGCGGGCUUCCCUCACCCGAGGCACGGAGCCGCUUUUUCCACCUCAGGCGCCUCCUCUCCUUCCCGGCCUCGGGGGGUUCCGGCGCCCCCUCGCACCCCCCACCCCAGAAAGACGCCCCCGGAGCCGGCCGCUUCCCCGCGCCGGGGUCGGGGCGCCUUCCUGCUCCGCCUCUGCGGGAGACGUAACUCGGGAAGAAAGGGUCAGAAGUGGGAACGGGGCCCGGAGUUGGGAGGGUCUCGGGGGAGGACGGGGGCCGGGGCGGGCUGGGAGGCUUUUCUCCUCCCUCGGCCUCGCGACCCGGUUGUGGGGUCGCCCGCUCGAGGGCUUCCCUUGGCCGGAGGCAGCAGCUGCCGCCGCCGCCGCUUCUUGCCUGGGCUGCGGGAGGGAGGGGGCGAGGAUGCAACUCCGGGAACGUAUGGGCAGGGAAGGAAGCCAUGUUUGAUUCAUUCCCCACCAAGGGAGCGCUGUGCGGUUGGGGAUGCGGUGCGCCAGCCCUGCUGCUCGGCGUAUGGGAAAGGGAUGCAAUAAGCCCUCCGAGGGCGCGCUCCCUCUUCGGCUUAAGCCUGGCUGUGAAGGGGGGCGAUUGGCCUGGGAAGACCUUUUCUCCUGACCACCCACCAACCAAACCCCGCCCGCCCGCACAUCGCCAGCUUGGCCCGAUGUCCUUCUGGCAAGAAGGAAAGCCUCGGUCGCAGCUCCACUGGGGAAAUGGGAUUGCAAAGGACGCCUCUGGGGCUACUCCACAACGCAGCAGCUGCUGGGUUUUUUUUCCCCAGAGGGGAAGGGGGCCACACGGUCUUGCAUCUCCUAGGACUGAAACGUUUCAGAUUUUUUUUUUUUUUUUGCUAGGGAAUUAAAAGCCAAUAAUAGAUCGCUCUUUUAUUUCGCGUUGCCACGUGCAUGGGUUUCUGCAUUCCUAGGGAUGCGCAAGCCAGUCUGGGGCAAUUGAUCAGAGAGACCAACUUCCUAGGGUUUUGAAACCUAGGGCUUUUGGGUCACCUAAUUAAAAGGCAUGGAAGUGGGGAAAUAGACUCUCCAUUGAAGGCACCAGAGGUGCACACUUGCUGAAUCUUUGUAAUGUUAAAUUGCUUUAAUGUACAGUGCAUUAAUAGAUUGGUUCUUCAGUCUCUUGAAAUACAACAUUUGCUGUGCAGCUGUUAGAUGGUAUUCAGUAAACAGUAAACUAUGAGCUGACCUGAGGAUUGCCCAUAAAGUGCAUCGUGCUCCCAUGAGUUCACAAUGAAAACAUGACAAAGGAGGGGUGUGUAAUUGCUAAAAUGUGAUGGGAAUGGAAAUCAAAAGGACUUUUAAAACUAGAGCAUAUAGCUAACAUCUGUCUGCUUUAAAAGUGUGACGCUCUUUAUACAGUUAAUUUGUAGAGCAUAUUAAACUGGUCUGUUUAACAAAAAUGUGAAAUAUUAGAACUCAGGUGUUGUUUUGCUUACAAAGGCUUGGAUUUGAUUCCUUCAUUGGUACUUGGCAAUUGAUUUUGUUUGAUUGGUCUCUUCUUGUUUUAGCUGUAUAAACUGAUUUAUAAUGGGUAUCAUUUAUCACUAUUCCCAUGAUUUUAUACAAAAAUCAAUGCAUGUUUAAAUAACAAAAACAAUUUGAUUAAAAAAUAGCCUGGUGAUGCCUCAGAGCAGCAGUCAUUGGUACAUAGUACAAUCCUAUGGAUGUAUAAAAAGAAGUAAGCCCAACUGAGUUAAGAACCAAUGGCAGCGAGGACUUUGGUGUUGAGAGCCAAGAAGCUCACUGAGUGACCUUGUGCCAAUCACCAUGUAUUAUGAAAUAUGAGGGCCUCUUAAAUAAUGUGGAACUCUUCUCCUGAGCCACCCUGAAGAUCCCAGUAAUCUGAGCAAAGCUCCAAAUGCUUUUUGCAGUUUAUUUUGUCAUCUACCUGUCCAAGCAAAGCCGUGUUCUCCACUCCACCCUGCCCAGGGCUUGAAGCUGGAUUUAAAAGAAGUCUUUUGUCCAAAAGAACCCACAGCUGAGCAUAAGAAACCUAACAGUUUCUGUCCAGAAUCUAAUGGAUUUUUUUUGCUCUCAUCACUGCUCCAGUAAGAUUUUACAAUUCCAUUUCUAAUCAUAGAAUAGGAGAGUUGGAAGGGACCAUGAGGAUCAUCUAGUUGGACCCCUGCAAUCUUUUUGCUCACUGUGGGGUUCAAAUCCUGAGAUUAAGAGUCUCACGCCCUGCCAACUGAGCUAUCCCACCCAUCAGUGAUGCCAACAGUACGCUGUAUGUUGAUUCAGUCCUCUGCUGCACUUGCAAAAGAGACACAUUUGCUUGCAUUUCGUGUUUCAUGAAAACUUGUGCCCCCUUUUGCAGGUGAGCCCCCCUAAAAUGCAUGGGUUACUCUGCACAGGUAAUAAGAUAUCUGAGAUGCACAAUAUCAACAGAUAGGGACACGGGUGGCACUGGGGUCUAAACCACUGAGUCUCUUGGGCUUGCUGAUCAGAAGGUGGGUGGUUCGAAUCCCCGCAACGGGAUGAGCUUCCAUUGUUCAGUCCCAGCUCCUGCCAACCUAGCAGUUCAGAAGCACGUCAAAGUGCAAGCAGUGGGAAGGUAAACGGCGUUUCCGUGCACUCUGGUUUCCAUCACGGUGUUCGAUUGCGCCAGACGCGGUUUAGUCAUGCUAGCCACAUGUCUGUGGACAAACGCCGACUCCCUUGACCUGAAAGCGAGAUGAGCGCCACAACCCCAUAGUCGCCUUUGACUGGACUUAACCGUCCAGGGAUCAUUUACCUUUUACCUUUACCUAUCAACAGGUAAAGUUUUCCCAGCAAUUGCAUUCCCAUAUCAAAGGCUUACCCAGUUUAAUUUCUGCCUGCCACAUAGCUGUUAAAGGCACGAGAAUCCUGUUCUACAGUGCCAAGCCUAAAUCUUACAAGGAACUCAAGAAUAAAAACAACAACAAAACAUUUAGGCAACUUGAUAAUGUUUUUAAAUUUAAAAAUAGUAAAAAAUAGACAUUUGAUUGUUCAGAAAUGUAAUAUAACAUUCAUAGGCAAAAAAAGUGAUGAGCCAUUAAUAAUAAAAACAUGCACAAAGCCAAUUAAGCAUUAACCCUCCAUGCUUUGAUUGCUACAUCAAUGAAAUACUCUGAGCACGUUCAGGUUCACAUUUUGAACUCAUUUAACUCAAUGUUUUUGCUCACUUCCUGCAAGUUGCUGGCUCAAUCUAAGCUACACCACAUGUCUCCUGUGAAAAUAUAGGAGGUAUAAAAUGGCUGCAAAAGGGGGCCUAUAGUAUUUGUAUCAUUGGCAUCAAAAUUUCGCUCCCUUAUCCAGAGUGAGGCAUCUUUGUACUAUGAAGGGUCAUGUUUUUCUUCCCAUCUCUCCCCAUAUUAGCACAGUUCCACUUCAAGGCUAACUUAUAUUAAUCUGGCCUGAUUAUUGUAUGUUUAGCAGGAUGCGUAAGAUCCACUUGUAUUCACCUGAGCUUAUUCUCAGUUUGUUGUGGGCAUUUAUUCCUAAAAUGAGUUAUUGGGAAAGUGAGGAAUGCAGUGAUCCGCUUUCAUUUUGGAAAGGCAGUAUUCUUCCUAAUUGCUCAUUAAAAAAAAAAAGUUCUGUUAAAAAUUUUAUUUGAUUUAAUAUACACCUCUUUUAUAAAAUAACUUUAUGUUCUGUUUUGCCUUGAUACUGAUAUUUUCAUUAUUGUGCCCCUUCCUAGCAAAGCCAAGACUGCAAUCCUGCACCUACUUCUAGGAGUAAGUCCCAUUAAACAAAAAGUAGGCAUGUAUUCAAAGAGUUCUUAAUGAAUGUCUGCACUCCAGAUCCUUCUAAUUUGCAAACCGUACAUCAGUACCCCUGAACCAGGCUCUUGGUGGGCCUGUGUAUAAAAGCUAAAGCCUUCUGAUUUUCAGUGCAAGGUUUUUAAUGUAUAGUCUACAAAUUUGGUUCUACACCCAACCACUUUUCACCUAAGUAGCUUACCUUUUCUAUUUUUAUGAAUUCUGCAUUUGCGAUAUUACCUACCUGCUUCUGUGUUAACAACUUCACUAUAUCUACCCACCAUUAUGCUGUGCUACAGUUGGCCCUCACAAAUGCUUUUCUCACAGCAAUCAUAUAUGCUUUUUUAUCCAGAUGUAUAUCUCAUUCAUUUUAAUUGAGGUUGUAGGCAACAACCAAAUUACACAUGUCAGAUUGAUGCGCAACUGGGCAGAACCCAGAAGUCACUUGAUAAAUGGCCCCAAAAGAGCCUAGAAAGCGUGAAAAAGUUGCAAAAACAGUGCCUAGCAAUCCCACAAGCCUUUGCAAUUGCGACCCCAGGAGCCCUUGCAUUGACCGUUGAGGCCUGUGGAGAGUUUGAGCAAAAAGGUUUGGAGGGAGCAAUUGUGGCAAAGUUUGGCAUCUGGUAAGUGCUGCUGGUUUUUUCAAGGGUUUAGAGGGUGUUUGCAGGCUUUUCCAAUAGCGUUUCACAUAAAUGUGCAGAGCCUUCCAACGUAAGUCCUGCGUAAAUUGGGAGUUGCCUAUACUCUCAAGCAGGCAUGCACAGGAAUGCAUCUUAUAAAGUGAGCAAUAGGAGCUAUUUUCAUCAUUGCUCACGGGAAAAACCAUUCCUGAGCUUGCUUUAGCUGAUGUGUUUUGCACAUCCCUCCAUGUCUGUUUUGAAUACAGGUGUCCAUAGUUUUAAGAUGUGAAUAGUAUCCUAUGCAGGGCACCAGUGUUUUCUCAAUGGGGGUAUUAACAAGGUUUUGCCUAAUGAAUGCUACAAAUAAAUUUCCUUCUUGCCAGUCAACACAGAGUACAGGAGCCUUUCUCAAUCAGAUGUUCUUGGACAUCUUGCAACAUCCCUGACCACUAGCCAUGCUGGCUAGGUAUGCUGGGAGUUAUAGUCCAACAACAUCUGGGGAUCCAAUGUUGAGAGAGGCUGUGUUACAGCAUAUAGCCCCCCCUUUUUGGCGGGGGGAGGUUUAGAACAGGCAUAGGCAACCUUGGCCCUCCAGAUGUUUUGGGACUACAAUUCCCAUCAUCCCUCACCACUGGUCCUGUUAGCUAGGGAUCGUGGGAGCUGUAGGCCAAAAACAUCUGGAGGGCCGAGGUUGACUAUGCCAUGUUUAGAAGAUAGUGUUAAUUGACUACUUUUAACACCCAAAGGCCAUUGGCCUUUGUGGUGCCUCAGGAUUGUAACCAGUCUCCCAUACUUUUUAAUUCCUACAUGAAACUUGCAAGAGAGGUCAUCCAAAGGUUUGCAGAUCACUAAUCACAUGGAUUAUCUAAUGCUAAUGGGAGGCAGGCAAAAAGUUAAAACUGGUGUCAGUUUUAUCCAGAUAAGAUAAAGUAUUGUUUGGGAAGACCACUGAUGUGGAUGGAGAGUUGCAGCUUGUUUUGUACAGAGUUGUUAGGUAUGCAAUUUAGGGCUAUUUCUGAAUCAGGUGACCUCAAGUGGCUAGGGGUGCCUUUAGCCUUAGGACUGCAACUGGCAAACCAGACUAUCAGGAGAAAGCACAGCUGGCCUCGGCCACACAUCUACUGGAUAUAUCCAGAUUAAACUGCUGUAAUGUUCCUUAUGUGCGUACCUGAAAACAGACUGGAAACAUCAGCUGGUAUAAUUUUUGGGAUUUUUGUUUGUUUGCUUUUGUAUUUAUACGUUUUUAUUGCAAUUUAGGUCCAACAUUAAGAGGUAUAUGAUUUUUAAAAACUAUUGGAGCCAAGAUUUUAAUCCUUUAAUGUUUUCCAUUUUUGUGCAGUGGAGAUGCUGGCUACCAAAUUUAUCUGCAAUUUUUUUCCCCCCAAUUACCCUUAAAUUCCAAUGAAGGCCCAGUAGAGAUUUUCAGGAGUUUAGUGUAAAGACUAAAAACUAAUCCCCUACCCUUAUGCCCUAGGAUCAACUACAACUUUUCUUCUAUUAUUACCCUGAGCCUUUAGGGCUUGAUCAGCUAAUAAAUGUUAGAAUUAGUGAGCCUGCAGCCAAUUCAGACCUGAGUUCCCAAUGUUUGCUCCAGAGAAAUUGGGCUGUUAUUGUAAAAGCUGUACAGCCGAAGAAUCUCCCCCACCCCAAUGAUAGGAUGCUGUUAUGCAAAUUCAUAUCCAUCACCUGCUGAUAGUAACUUGGUGGUAUCAGAGAUGAGCAAGUAAGGAAUAGCCAGUACUGACAUUUUUUCCAAAUCUUCAGCAUGCCUACAGUAUACUGGUUAUUUAAUGGUUGUAACAUCAGUGAAUUGAAAAUGCGAAAGGGCAGGACCUAUAAAUUCCUUUGUGCUAUUUCUUGUUCCAGUGUAAUCCACUUCUUGCUUACUUUUUGAAUUAUACUUCAAUGUUGUCUUAAUGUUUUAUACUGUUAAGUGUGGCGAUCUCCAUCCCCCUUACGUUUUUUACUAAUAAUUUUUCAUUGCUAAUCUUUUUAUUUUUUUAUUUCAUUUCAUUACACUUACUCUUUCCCCAUGUGUAUUUAUUGAAUAAAAUAAGUUUGUUUUGCCUUUGCAAAGCAAGCUCAAGCCUGCCUUCAACUAUCAUUUGUCUGCUUUUCUCUCUCUAAGGCUUCUCAGGCUUGUUCUUUAUUUUUCUAUUUUAUCUUCUCUUUGGCUCGAAAGCUUUAGUGAGUAGUGCUUGUUGCUCCCUCUGCAUUGAUUUCUCAUUAGUGAGUAGCAUUUGGUGUCUCCUUUCCCCCUUUUUCUGUUAUGUGGUGUGUGUUUGGAUUUUUAGCAGCAUUUGGCUUUCUUGUGUGAGUGUGUAGCAAGCAUUUUCAGUAGUGUUUGCUGUUGCUCCUUUGUUUGGCAUGGAUGUCUGGUUAGCCCAUGGGUAGGCAAACUAAGGCCCAGGGGCCGGAUCCAGCCCAGUCGCCAUCUAAAUCUGGCCCGCAGACAGUCCUGGAAUUAACGUAUUUUUACAUGAGUAGAAUGUGUCCUUUUAUUUAAAAUGCAUCUCUGGGUUAUUUGUGGGGCAUAGGAAUUUGUUCUCUCCCCCCCCCUUCAAAAUAUAGUCUGGCCCCCCACAAGGUCUGAGGGACAGUGGACCAACCCCCUGCUGAAAAAGUUCACUGACCCCUGGGUUAGCCUUUCCCUGUCAUUCUGUUGUAGUUCUCACUUCUUUUCCCUUCUCUUUACUCCCUCCACUAUCUUGUUGACUCUUCCUCUUACAUUGCCGCCUUUUAAAAAAAUAAUAAAUCCCUCCUGUAUAUUUCUUUCUGUCUCUCUUUCGCUCUAGUGCUGUUUCUGUAGCAGGCCUGGCCUACCCAUAAAGCAAGGUGAGGUGACUGCCUAGGGGAGCAGGAUCCUCGGGGCAUCAGAUCCCAAAGUAGAUCUUUCUUCCCCCUUGUGUUAACGUAUAGAUCUUCACUCCUCCUUCCCUGGCAGUGUUCAAAAUUAGCAUUUGGCAACUGAUUAUUGGUCAUUUGUGACCAAGUGACGAUGCUUAGGUGUCAGGAAGGCGCCUGACAUGUCCACCAUUGGGGAUCAUAGGAUCUGGGCUGUUUCCACACACUACCAUAUCCUGUAGAAUUCUGUCAGUUAUAUUUUAUCUGCACAGUCAGAAUGAAUUUCAGGAACCGAAUUGCCUUUUUCUGUGCAUCCUGAGCAGGAGCAGUCGCCAUUAAGAGAAAGAGGUUGGACUGUCCCUCGGUCAAAUAACUUCUUUAAAUUCUCAAAGCUCUUAACCUAGCUCAAAGUUGUCAUCUGAACUAAGCCAAAUGUUUAACUGAUAAUCAGUCACAGUUAGUCCAUCAUUUGAAAACAACUUUGGAGCGGUUGUACCUCAAAAUGGAAACGAUAGACAUUCCAAUUUGGCGACUGUAACCUUGGUUUUAAGGAGCCAUUUGGGGCCAAGCUCAUAUACCUGAGUUUCUAACACUGUUCCCUGGUGGGGAACCACCAUUUUGUGGUUUGCUUCAGGUGCCGAAAUGUAUUGGGCAGGCCCUGUUCUGUAGGAUGGUGGUAGUUGAUCGGGGGAGCAGAUCUCUCUUCAUUCUGCGAGAUUCAGUCAGAUGUGAGGCACUGCUACUGCCCCUUUUCCUUGUGCAGGAAUGGUUUUCCUCCCAGACGUCCUGUAUAGCUGUUGGAUUCACUUCACCAAGGACAUUUGUGUUAUACCAGGGGUCAGCAAACUUUUUCAGCAGGGGGCCGGUCCACUGUCCCUCAAACCUUAUGGGGAGCCGGACUAUAUUUGGGGGGGUGGGGUGGAUGAAUUCCUAUGCCCCACAAAUAAGCCAGAGAUGCAUUUUAAAUAAAAGGACACAUUCUACUCAUGUAAAAACAUACUGAUUCCCAGACCGUCCGCGGACCAGAUUUAGAAGGCAAUUGGGCCGGAUCAGGCCCGCCGCGGGGGCCUUAGUUUGCCUAUCCAUGUAUUAUACCCUUACUUGAUGUAAUGGCUUCCAAGGAGCCUACUUCAGUGACUCUUUGUGUUCCAGAGAGGGCAGCAGCUGGGAAGCUAGAUUCACAGACCGCCCAACAGCAGAAAUGAUGGGAGAAUCUGCAGUGAUGCAGGCAGCUCCUAAUUUCUAAUAAGCUCAGGAGAUCUUUUUGGGGAGUGUUCUUGUUGAAAUGUUCAGUAGACUGGUGGCUGUUCUCCAAUUGGACAACAAUGUUCUGGCAGCCCUAGGUUGAUAUUGUCAUUCAGUUUUAUUGAUGGCUGCUUCUGGAACUCACAGUAGAGCUUCUACAGUGGUGCCCCGCAAGACGAAUGCCUCGCAAGACGGAAAACCCGCUAGACGAAAGGGUUUUCCGUUUUGGAGGUGCUUCGCAAAACGAAUUUCCUAUGGGCUUGCUUCGCAAGACAAAAAUGUCUUGCGAGUUCCUGCGGGGUUUUUUUCCUCCCCCCCCCCUUUUUCCCAAGCCGGUAAGCCGCUUAUCAGCUGAUCCGCUAAACCGCUAAUGGGCUUGCUUCGCAAGACGAAAAAACCGCAAGACGAAGAGACUCGCGGAACGGAUUCUUUUCGUCUUGCGAGGCACCACUUUACAUUCCUGCACUCCCAGGACAUUGCUUGGUUCUUUCUGAGCAACUAGAGGCUGUGCCCAUGGUUCUACUUGGGUCCUCACAGCUGUCUCUUGUGCUCUUUUUUUUUGUAGGAACUGUGUUCUGCAGGUUAGCCUCAGGUUCUUGAUUGACCAAUUUCUGGGACAGUGGAGCUUGCAGUGUCCUUGUCACAGAGUGCUGUUGUUUCAGUUGCACAACUACCAGGUGUCUUCGUUGGACGUGAUACCUCAGUGUGUUUUGCAUUUGCUAUGUGGUAGCAGAUUAAAGACCUAUACUUCUUGCCACCUGAGUUUCUGUAUCCCGUUAAGGAAGUCUGCUGGGUUACAUUUCUCCUGUUGAAGAGAAAAGGUGUGUAGUUCUUUGAAAUAGGUUAUCCCACUUGCAGUAAGUAACCUUAAAAACAUAAAAUCUUGAGGGGAAAUUAUGUUACUAUGUUGGGCAGAGAUUCUGGAGAAUCAGUGCUUUGCCAUCUCUUGAGACAGUCAAGCCAGUUGUGCCUUAAUUCCCUCCUGAAUGUAGUUGCUCAACCUCAGACCCACAAAGACUCCUAUCUCACUGUUGGUCCUUUGGUUUUAUAUCUUGGCUGCGAAUGUGUGAGAAGCCCGGGUGGAAGCAGCAGAAGAUGAGGGAUUAUCGAGAUACAUCUGCCACCAAGUGUCUCUGUAGGUCCUGUAUUGGGCGGUGGACACCAGAGUCAAGUACCUUACAUAAUCUCUGCAUGGGGUAAGGACUUCUGAGGGACCCCACAAAUAAUGGGGUAGGGACUUCUCAGGGAGUCACUGCAACAUGAGGAACAUGAUCAGGGUACUGUGCUAAAGACCAGGCUUGUUACAUUUUGUCUACUACUUCAUUUCUAACUUGAGGUGGGAAAGGAACGGUUAGCAACGUGAAAAAUUAAGGCUCCGUGUGCCUUUUCUGUAAUUUCAGCACAGGAGUCGCAGACCUCUUUGAACCAGCAGGCAUAUUUUGAAUUUUUAGAAAGUGCUGUGGGCACCAGUCACAAAAUGGCUGCCAUUGAAGUUUAGCAUCAUGCAAUAUGGCUGCUGUAGGUGUCGUGACACACUAACUGUUUCUUAACCCACCAAACCCUGAAAAGUUGACCUGCCACGUUAAGAUUGCGAUUACCGUAUAUACUUGUGUAUAAGCCAACUUUUUCAGCACAUUUUUUAUGCUGAAAAAGCCCCCGUCGGCUUAUACUUGAGUGAGGCGGAGGGACGAGCGCCGAGAAAGGAGCCUCUCCCAACCGCGGCUCCUAUGCUUACUCUUGCGAGCGGCAGAGGCAGCUGUGUCCUUUCAAAUGAUUUCUCAUGAACAGCCUCCACAGAUCUUUGAAGGGAAACUUUUCAUAGUCCAUACCUCUUAAAAUUGCAAAAUGGAUUUUGGAAGGAUCAGGCAACAGGUCCCUCAGCAGUUAAUUGAUAACAAAAUGCAGUAGCUGUCUAGGGACUGGCUGUGGAACACCUCAUAAUUAGCUCAUUUUCACUGCCUGCACCAGGCUGAGUGCAUGUCUCUUCUUUCUUAAUGUUGCUGAAACUGUUUGCAAAUGAGACAGAAUCCAAGGUAAGCUGCUCUGGGUUUUUUCUUAUGAGUAAGAGACUGGAUUCAGGGAAGAAACAAGGCAGCAACUUCUCUUUGUGUAGAAAUUGUACCGGAUGUUGUUUUAGACUGCAGACCUUGCUUUUCCGUUUUUCGACCUGUUUUCACUUGACUGUGUAGCUUCUCACCAGCACAACGUGUUACAUAAUCCUUGCCUAAUUUACCAGUAGCUGCUGUAUUUCCCACCCUAGGCUUAUGCUCGAGUCAGUAAGUUUUCCCAGUUUUUUGUGGUAAAAUUAGGUGCCUUGGCUUAUAUUCGGGUCGGCUUAUACUCCAGUAUAUACGGUAUGUUGUGCUGGUACUAAUUGCGGAGAUCACACAGUAUUGAUUUCACACACAACGCUGUUGCUAUCUAGUAACAGAGCAUUCCCCAGUACUGGGGGGUGGGGGAAUGUGCCCCACACCAUACUUCCAUGCAUCUUUGUUUGUCUGUCUCUCUCUCGCACUCGCACACACAUUCGCUCGCUCGCUCUUGCUUGUGUGCAUACAUACAUAUGAGACUGCAUGUACAUUUCUCCCUCACACACUUGGAUGUAUGCAGGAAAUUUUCCAGGAGGGGGCAAAAAAAUGAGGGCGGGGCACAAAGUAAAAGACUGAAAGGGUGCAACAGGCUAAUUUCUCACAGAAAGUAAGAAGCGUUGUACCUGUACAUUUUGUCUCAUUUCAUGUUCUAAAAUUUCUAUAAAGUUACUUUUUAAAUAAAGUGAAAGUUGGGAAUCUGAGGGUUGUGGUUUAUCCUGGGGGCACCAAAGAAAGCCUUUACGGGCUCCUUGGUACCUGUGGCCGCAGUUGGUGGUCCCUGAAUUAACACCUACCCCAUUGUGAAAGCCACAUCAUAGAGCACAUGAUGGUUAAUAGCUUACUUGCAGAAUUAGCUUUGAAUUCAGGUAGGUAGCCGUGUUGAUCUGACACAGUAGAGAGAUAGAUAUUGUCCAGUAGCACCUUAGAGACCAACUAAGUUUGUUCUUGGUAUGAGCUUUCGUGUGCAUGCACACUUCUUCAGAUACAGCAGAAGUGUGCAUGCACACAAAAGCUCAUACCAAGAAUAAACUUAAAGGUAAAGGGACCCCUGACUGUUAAGUCCAGUUGCAAACGACUCUGGGGUUGCGGCGCUCAUCUUGCUUUACUGGCCGAGGGAGCCAGCGUUUGUCUGCAGACAGCUUCCAGGUCAUGUGGCCAGCAUGACUAAGCUGCUUCUGGCGAAUCAGAGCAGUGAACGGAAACGCCAUUUACCUUCCCGCCGGAGCGGUACCUAUUUAUCUACUUGCACUUGACGUGCUUUCGAACUGCUAGGUGGGCAGGAGCUGGGACCAAACAAUGGGAGCUCACCCCGUCGCAGGGGUUCAAACCGCCGACCUUCUGAUCAGCAAGCUCUCAUCUCUGUGGUUUAGACCACAGCGCCACCCGCGUCCCAUAGAGACUUAGUUGGUCUCUAAGGUGCUACUUAGGGACGCGGGGGUCCCUUUACCUUUAAGGUGCUACUGGACAUUUUAAAAAAAUUUUAAAUAUAGUUUUGAAUUGUUACACAUUGUAAAGCUUACUCAAUAAUUUAUAAAAAAUGUUUGUUUUUUAUAAAACAUGAAGAGAACAAGUCAGAGAAGUUAUAAAGUUGAUAAUUACAUUUCAGUAUGCAAGUCCAUUUCAUUAUUAUUCAGUUUCCAUAAUGUUCAUUGAGUUGAAGGGAGAUAGUAAAUAUUUUUUGACAUAGACAUAUAUUCAAUAAAUUCAUCAGCUUCUGCACUUUUUCUUUGUGCUUUAAUUUUAUAGGAUCAAUUUUUCAUGAGGGCAGUCAGCCAAAGUUGACACAAAAUUUCAAAUAAAUUAGUAUGAGAGGUUUUUCAUUGUUUCGCUAUUCCCAAUCUAGCUGCUGUUACCAAUAAAAUAAUAGGACUUUUGAAAACCUUAGGUUGUACUGAGUUACUAAAUAUCAUCAAUAAGGCUAACUGUGAGUUAAGCUGAAAAUUUUGGUUAUUUAUUAAAAUUUGUAUACCACCAUUAAUCUGUAGAUCUCAGGACAGUUCACAAUAUAAAACUACAAGAUAAAAAACACAAAAUACAUAAUAAAAACAAGAACAAACCAAUAGCCCACUCUCCCACCCAUUCUGACCAAAAAUUCAAUAAUACUUUGCAGGACCACCACAUACAGUAAAAUGUUCCUCUUUCGCUGCAUUUUCUCCAACACAUCAAGGUUAUAUUUGAAUUUAUUCAGUAAGAUACCAGCAAAGUAUCAUUUUAAUGGAAUUUGCUUUAAUUCUACCUGAAACUGCUUUAAAUGUUCUAUAUGACAUUCCACGGUUCAUCUUUAAUACAGUGGUGCCUCGCAAGACGAAAUUAAUCCGUUCCGCAAGAGUCUUCGUCUAGCGGUUUUUUCGUCUUGCGAAGCAAGCCCAUUGAUGGAUUAGCGCUAUUAGCGCUAUCAGCUGUUUAGCGGCUAUUAAAGGCUUAAAGGCUUAGGGGAUUAGCUGCUAAAAGGCUAUUAAAGGCUAUUAAAGGCUUAGCAGAUUAGAUAAAGGGGAAAAGCGAAAAAAAAUCUCUAGACUACGCAAGGUAUUUUCGUCUUGCGAAGCAAGCCCAUAGGGGAAUUCGUCCUGCGAAGCAACUUCAAAACGGAAAACCCUUUCGUCUAGCGGUUUUUCCGUCUUGCGAGGCAUUCGUCUUGCGGGGCACCACUGUAUUCACUUGUAGGUUCCCAGGUUGUUUCUGAACUGGUAUAUGUAUCCCAUGUAUUCUUCAAUUAAGAAUUUAUAAGUUUCUGACAGAAGUUAUUUGCUAUUGUUUCCUGUUGAAAUUACGAAAAUUUCUAAAGUGCGAAGUGAUAUUUUUGCCUAAUUGAUUUGGAACCAAGUAUGUUUAAGUUCUAAUUGUAGUAGAUCGCCUGAUUUGGAGUUAUUGCCAAUAUAAAAAUCUUUGACACUGGGGAUAUAUAUAGAUAGAUAGAUAGAUAUAGAUAUAUAGAUAUAUAGAUAUAUACAUACACACACACAUAUAUACAUACACACACACAAUCCCCACCCCCAAAGAAGCAUGACUUGUUUUAAAAAGGGAGUCUUAACUGAUUUAGUUUUUUGAGAUGGAUGAAUUAAAUACUGAGGCCCUCUCAAGUUCUGUCUUGCUUUUCCAGGCAUUUCCAUUGUUAUCAAAAUUCUUUUUGUAUUACUUUUUAGUAUUGAAAUUAUAUAUUUUUAUGUGAGAUGCAUUGUGGCAUAAUGGUAAUCCUGGAAUGCAUAUUCCUCUAUUUAUUGCAUACUCAAUACGUUGAUAAGAAUAAUAAGAAUAAUAAUAUAUUUAUAUGGUACCCACUCUGGGCGGCUUCCAGCAAAAUAUAAAAAUGCAAUAAAGCAUUAAACAUUUAAAACAUCUGGAUGCAGGGCUGUCUUUAGAUGGCCUACAAAAGUCAUCUCUUUAAUAUCUAAUGGGAAGGUGUUCCACAGGGUAGGUACCACUACUUAGAAGGCCCUCUGUCUGGUACCCUAUAACAGGUACGUCCAACAGGUAGAUCGUGAUCAUUUUUGUCCUCUGCACCCCCAAAAAACAGGGCCUCCCUCCUCCCUAAAAAAAAGCUCAACAACCUUGACCUGAACCACAAAAAAGGGGGUAGAUCACUGCCAGUUUUUCACUCUGUGAGUAGAUCGCAGUCUCUUGCCGUACAACUUCACCUCUCAUAGCGAGGGAAUCACCAGAAGGCCCUCGGAGCUGGAUCUCUGUCUGUGCUUAACAAUCGGGGUGGAGACGCUCCUUCAGGUAUACAGAGCCAAAGCCAUUUAGGGCUUUAAAGGUCAACACCAACACUUUGAAUUGUGCUCGGAAACGGACUGGGAGCCAAUGUAGAUCCUUUAGGACUGGUGUUAUAUGGUCCAAGUCAGCAGUCUAGCUGCUGCAUUCUGGAUUAGUUGUAGAUUCUGAGUCACCUUCAAAGGUAGCCCCACGUUCAUAAGAAUGUGCAGCAUCGUACAGCAUGGUUUUUGAUACCCUCUUUUUGUCUGAAUUUAUAGAUGCAAGAAUGAUUUUUUCCUUGAUCUCAGUGUGUACUAUUAAUAAGUAUUGGUGAUUUUUUGAAAUUAUAAUAAAAAUAGAAUAAUUCAUCAUUUGCACGAUAUGCUGACUGGGCAUAUAAUCAUUUUAAUUGCUGCUAUCCUUACAAGCCAAGAAAGUGAAUAAUUGUCCUAUUCUUUUAGCUGUUAUUUUAUUUGCUGGAUUAACAGUUGUAAAUGAAAUAGAAAUGUUAAAUUUCAGUGUUGGGGGAUAUCUACACCUAGGUAUUUAUUUAUUUUUGCAUAUUUGCCAAUUCGUUUCCUUCAGUUAAAGACCUGCUGUAUAUCCAUAUUCUUUAAUUACAUUCAUUACAUGUGGCAUAACUUCAUUUAGGUUCAAGAUCAUUAACACAAUGUCAUCUGCAAAUAAAUUAGCUAAUGUGUUUCACCAUCAGUAGCAUUAGGAUUAUUGUGUAACGUGUUUGCCUUGGCAAUGGAAACCUUGGCUAAUAACAUCGGCGACGAUGGACAGCCAUGUUUUGUUCCUUUAUUUGCUUGAAAAGCAUCAGAGUCCUAUCUGUUACCUCUGAUGAGUGUCUGGCUAUUUUUAAUAUAAAUAUCUUUAUAUUUGAAUGAUUUGUCAAUUCCCAUAAAUUCUAAGACCUUAAAAGAGAAUCCCAUUCCAAUUUGUCAGAGGCCUUUGUCACAUCAAAUAACAAAGUGCCUUUGACUCUUUAAGAUGAGUAUGAUGAAUUACAUUUAGUAUGUGGCUGAAGGAAUUAGCAGUUAAUCGUGUUUUAAUAAAACCAGUUUGCUCUAAUUGUAUGUAUUUUGGUUCUAAAUUUGAAGGAUGUUCUAUAAGAACAUUUGAACAAUUUAGCCUCAGUGUUAACUGGAAACACAGUACAGUCGUAUUUAACUUGCGCAAUUCCAACCCAGUGCAAAAAGAGAUUUUAAGCUUUCUGCCUUGUUUGGGAAGCAACCUUGUUUAGACGAGGGGCGCAGGGUGCUCCCACAAGAUCUCACGAGAACAUCCCAGGGCCUCCAGGGUUGAGGCAUGGAGAGGGCCUUGCUUCCCAAGCAAGGCAGAAAUGCCUGGCACAAAAAGAACUUUUCAGCAAGGUUCUCCAUGCCUGGCUCUGGAAGCCGCCUGAUGGGGUGGUUCCCAUGGUUUGAGUAUAUGUGUUUUUGCGUAUAAGGUAAAGGUAAAGGUAAAGGGACCCCUGACCAUUAGGUCCAGUCGUGACCGACUCUGGGGUUGUGGCGCUCAUCUUGCUUUAUUGGCCGAGGGAGCCAGCGUACAGCUUCUGGGUCAUGUGGCCAGCAUGACUAAGCUGCUUCUGGUGAACCAGAGCAGUGCAUGGAAACGCUGUUUACCUUCCCGCCGGAGUGGUACCUAUUUAUCUACUUGCACUUUGAUGUGCUUUCGAACUGCUAGGCUGGCAGGAGCAGGGACUGAGCAGUGGGAGCUCACCCCAUCGCGGGGAUUUGAACCGCCAACCUUCUGACCGGCAAGUCCUAGGCUCUGUGGUUUAACCCACAGCGCCACCGGAACCAAACCCCUGCAUGCUUUAUCCGUCUAUGAGUCAACCUGUUCUUUAUCUUUGUUUGGUUUAGGUAACACUAUGAUUCUGGUUCGUUUCCAGGACGAUGGAAUCUGUCCCCCUUCCUUAACUUCAUUAAAGAGUUUUCCAGGUAGAGGCAAUAGAAUAUUCUGAAUUUCUAAAUGCAAAGCUCCAGCAAAACCAUUGGUUCCUGGUGCGUUGACUGGUUUAAGUUUAGAUGCACAUUUUAAAUUUCUUCCUUUGAGAUCAGUUUGUUUAAACAAUGAUUUGGAGCAUAUGAUCUGCAUUGCAGUCGACUGACUGACUGACUGACUGACUAAAUUAAUGAGGUGGGUGAAAAGCAGGCAAAUGCAGCCAUGUUGGGGCACGAGACAUCACAACCCCUUUCUAGAGUCUGGCAUUUCUCUUACAGCACUUAAUUGUCUUGUUUGGUGGAGCUAAUGGGGUAGAGGGGUUUGGCAAAGCCCUCAGAUUUGCAGUUUUGAAGUGAAUGGUGUCUCUUGUUCAGCCAUUGAUGAAUUCUGAACCCUACUCACCUUUAUUGACACAUGAGAACCAGUGCUUGCCAGAUUUCAAGAUCCAGAUAAUGACUUCCUAAGGAUAAUCUAAUGAACAGUAAUGGUAUUAGUGAUCAAAUAGUUUUAAAAUUGGAAGUGUUAAUGCUCUAAACUAGUUUGCCCUCAAAAUGAUAUAAACCUGGUAUAAAUAUAGUAAAAAGAGCCUCUGGUAAAUAGAAUGCCAACUUGCUUGAGUGGGGAUGUUGCCUGGGUAGGUUUCUGACCGCGUGCUCUAAAUUAUAUUAAGUAAUAUAUACCAAAGCAGCAUUCAAAAUAAAUAAAUAUUCUAAUACUAAUGGUUCUUCCUUUCUUUUUCUUCUGUUUUAAUGCAGCGGUACAAAACUGGAAAUCCUUUUGACUGAAUGGAUUUCAAAAGUAGCUCUCUGCUUCUAGCCAAAAAAAGGGUCAACCACAUCAAAAUGAAGCAAGUACCAGAGAUCCUUGGAAAUCCUACAGGGAAAACACAGAACUGUGAAGUGAAUCGUGAGUGUUCUGUUUACCUGGGCAAAACACACCUUUCUGCUACACUACAGGAGGACGUUAUGCCGAAAUAUAAUGGCCACGAUGCUCUCCCAUUUAUUCCUGCGGACAAACUGAAAGAUCUCACUUCCCGUGUGUUUAAUGGAGAAUCGGCAACACAAGACACCAAGCUGCGCUUUGAGUCUGAGGAUAUUAAAGAACCUGCAACUCCACCUAACACUACACCUGUCAAGAAUGGUUCUCCAGAGAUUAAACUGAAAAUCACUAAAACCUACAUGAAUGGAAAGCCUCUAUUUGAAUCUUCAAUUUGUGGUGACAAUGGAAUAGAUGUGUCUCAGGCAGAGGAAAAUGAGCAAAAGCCAGCAAAUAAGGAAAGGAGAAAUAGAAAAAGAAGCAUCAAAUAUGAUUCCUUACUUGAACAGGGUUUUGUUGAAGCGGCAUUAGCAUCAAACACAUCUAGUUCCUCUGAUGAGAAGGUACAGGAUUUAUUUGCUACCUCUGCUCUUUGGGUAACUCGUGUCAGCCAAAGUUACCAAUGUUUGACCUGUUUUUUCCUAACUGAUCAGUCAGGUAGCAGCUGAUAGCUCCUACAAGGUUCUGAGUUUCAGAGUCUAUUAAUAAGUCUAGCAAAUGAAGUUGGAGAAGAUAGACAUGCAUCCCCAUGCUUCACUCAUUUGAGUCCAUUUCAUCCUUUCCCUUCUCUGUCGCUCCCUAGAGUGAACUUGAGACAGACAAUCUAAUAACAGGGGAAGUUUUAAUAAUGUAUUUAAUGAUAAUGGACCAUUAAGGUCCAGUUUUGAAUCAUAUUAUGAAAACAAAUUUUUCAUCUUCGUUUUGAUGAUGAUGAAACAAUUCCAGUUGAGGGGCUAUUGGAGAGGGACUAUUUGUAUUAACUUUGAUGCACCAAAACAUCAUCAUCAUAAACAAUAACAAUAAUAAUACCUAUAUUGUCAUUGUACAACCUGUGAACAAUGAAAUUAAAUGGGCCUUCUUCCCCCCCCCAACUCAGUCUCAUUCCACUCUUUGUGCUUAUUGAACAACACACCCCCUUGCAAGUCAGUUGUGCUAUGUUAUUUUCCGUUCAACAGCCUAACAGCCCACGGAUAAAAGCUAUUUUUUAGCCUCUUGGUACGGCUGAUUAUACUUCUAUAUCUCCUGCCCUACAUGGGUAGCUAGCCAACAUGGUGCCCUCCAGUUAAAAUUCCCUUCAGCCCCAACCAUCUUGGUUUAGCUACCUAUGUUUAGAUGGAUUGUUUUACUGAGACAUUGUGCUGUUCAGACUUUGUGCAACGGAAUGCAAAAUAAAUCUAGCUUCUCUCACACACUCAUUCUGAAGCACUUUGUUAUUAAUUAUAAAGGUAACAAGGCUAUACCAAGCAGCUUUGGUAUAGCAUUUUAUGAUCCGUAAAGAAUAUGUUUCAUGGAUGUGAAGGAGAUAAUUUUUCUCAGCUGGGCUUCUGCCUAUGCUGCCCUUGAAUUUUUAAAAAAGUUGUAUUUGCUGUAUUGAAGGGAUAGCUCUCUAGGGUCGUUAUUUGUACAGUUAGGUGACAAGUACCUUUGACUCAAAGUGUAUGAAUUUCCCAGCAAGAGACCAGGGGAAAUAAACUUAGUGUCAGUAUUGUUUGUUUCUUUUAUGAGUUAUUUAUUUUGCCUUAAGUAGGUGUAAUAAUCGGAAGCCAGCUAGAAGCUAAGUUGUCCUUUCAAUAUGCAGCCCUGCAAGAUGUUAGUAAAGUAGCAGAGGGGUCCAUUUACCUCUGAUCAAUAAGAACCUCCAUGUGCUUACUACAGAUAACUUCUAAUCCGUGGGCCACUUUUGGCCAGCUAUGACAUUUCCCACCAGAAACCCAUACCCACCUGCCAGUCAGACUCUAAACAGGUUUCUGUGAAGUUGUACUCUCCCUGAAAUGGCAGGUAUAAAGUUUGCGUGUAUUUCUUGAUCUAAAAUAGUCAAUGUCCUAUGUGGUUCAGAGGGUCUUUUAGUAGUGACUGCAGCCAUUCCUGGACAUGGAUAGUCACGAUGAUUCACACUCUGGUAGUCUCCUAGUUGGAUUACUGUAAUGUGUUAUAUGUGGGACAUUCCUUAAAGAUGACUCAGAACGUCCAGUAAGUGAAUAACACAGCUUCCAGCAUUUUGACUGGUACAUUCAUGACUGCCCAUGUCAUAACAAUUUUGGAAAAAUCAUACGUCUACCUACUUUAUUCAGAGUCCAAUUUAAGGUACUCGUGCUUUACCUUUCAUGUAUGCUCCUCUCCAUGUGUGCACCUGCAGCCUCAAGUAGUACAAUGCAAGAGGAGCUUUAUGAGUUAAUGUUAUUGGAUGUAUAAACUAGCUUUAAAUAGUACUGGCUUUCUGAUACAGUACAGCAUAUGGAAAAAUUGUUUGUUUGCUACCAUUUAAUUCUCUUGACAGCUUGAAUGACAAAGGUUUCUUGAGAGUCCUUGCAGCCUUUGCAUGUGGUGUUUGAAAUUUUUCUGGAAGACUGACCAGAAAGAAAGUUCUUUGACCUUUCUAGAAUGGUCCACAAACACACACUGUGAUAACGGCCUUGGAGCUAGAAACUCAAUUUUGUAAAAUGAAUACAGGGUUGAAUCGCAUAAGCACUGAUAAUAUAUCCUCAACCUAUUUUAUGCAUGUACCUAAAAAUGUCAUGUGUCUGUACAGCAGAUAAGAAUUUUAUUGGUGCAUAUGUCAGAAAGUCAGGACUCAGCCAUUGCUCCCCACUGCACAUGAAAUGGCAAGUAUAUGCUUUUUGACACAUGUGUGAAGUGGUACUGAGACUUGUGUUCCUGAAAAUUCCAAUAACAGUAAUAUCUAGGGGCUCUAAAGCAACAAUUGAUACCAGUUGUGGCUUUUGGUAGCUGUUGCUUCAACUCCUUUUACUUCCAGAGAAGCUGAGGCUCCCUUGUUCCUUUAAAAUUGGAGUUCACUCUUCAUUUCGAAGUAAUAUAUUUUCCCUGUUACCAAAUAACAGAAAGUUCAUAGCCUUGAAAAAAUAUGAUGGGUGCCCUGAUAGUUGUAUCCCUUUAGCUGUGGAUCUGUGGCCCAAACUUAGUUCAUAUGGCUAAAUGUUUUCAUGAACAUUCCAGUUAAAGUUACCAUUCAUUUGCAAUGCUCCAGACACACAGUGUAUUGUUACCAGUUAAGCGCGAUUUAUGGAACAUUCUGCAUUCCCUGUGCACUCAAAUAUGAAAAUAUUUUUGUUUGAUCAAGUUGCUAGAAUUUGUAAAUGUCUGCCUUUUUCUUUCUCUAAAAAGAUUCCUGCUAAAGAAGAUUCUUCUUUACUACUUGGAAAAGAUGACAAAACUCAUGUAUUGAAGUACAGUGUAGGAGACUUGGUAUGGUCCAAAGUAUCUGGCUAUCCCUGGUGGCCGUGCAUGAUUUCAACUGAUCCUCUUCUUUACAACUUCACAAAACUAAAUGGUAUGUCCUCUGUCUUUGGUAGUUUUGCAUUUGCAGCUAUUGCUAUGUUAGGCCCAAAAACUAAAAGGAAAGCCACCAGUAAACUGGGAUAUUUUAUGUGUCCCUGUUGGCUUAAAUACACAAAGAAGAUGUAAGCUUUACAAGUUGUACUGAGCUUUGUAUUAGAAAAAUAGCUAAAAUAAAUGUGAAUAGUGUUGUAAUUUGAAUAAGAUUAUUACAGAUAUUUUGAUCGUGGUGUAUUGAACUGAUCAUUUAUUACUCUUGAGGCAGGCUUCCUCAAACUCAGCCUUCCAGAUGUUUUGGGACUACAACUCUCAUGAUCCCUAGCUAACAGGACCAGUGGUCAAGGGUGGUGGGAAUUGUAGUCCCAUAACAUCUGGAGGGCCGAGUUCGCCUAUGCCUGCUAUAAACCUUGCCGUUGCACCUUCCUGUCAUCCAGUGUAGGUGGAAGUUCUCCCAAUAGUAUAACAGAACCCAGUUAUGUAGCUGUUUGCACUGUGAGAUUGUCUUGGCCAAGCUGUAACUUUGUGUGUAUCACGGUUGCUAUUUUUCAAUCUUUAGCCCCUCACUACUGAAUGCUUCUGAAAAAAAUUAACUGUUUGAGAUUAGUAAUAUUAUUGACUUUUGCAAGGCCUUUUUCAAAGGACUGCAUUGAGUAAUGCCCUAUUUCUUUAAACUGUCCAGUUAAAACUAAUUUAUAUUUCCAAACUACACACUCCCUCUCUCUCUGCAUGUGUGUGACAUAACAGAGUUCAUAUAUUAAGAUAUCAAAGCCUGAAAGAAACAAAGUUUAAUCCUUUUUCCAUUUUUCAUUAAAUGUGUUUUUACAUUUACGGUAUGUAUGUUUAUAUUAAUAUUUCUAGGUGAAAAAAUACUUACAUAAGUGUGCCUGCUACCUUUUUCAGGACAAAAGAAGAGCUUUCGCCAAUAUCAUGUUCAAUUCUUUGGAGAUGCCCCAGAACGAGCAUGGGUAUUUGAGAAGAGUCUUGUACCAUUCAAAGGAGAAGAGCAAUUUGAGCAAUUGUGCCAGGAAAGUGCAAAGCAUUCCCUUACCAAAGCAGAGAAGAUAAAGGUAAAUAUUAAUGUGUUAUGUUAUUAAUGUGUAUGUGUUAUUAACAUAGCUGUUCAGUUAUCUGCUUGAAUGUUUACAUGUGCCGCUGCAUGCAUGUGUAUUUAUUUAUUUCAAUUUAUAUAACGUCAUUUAUCCAAAGAUCCCAGGAUGGUAUACAACAUUAGUAACAUAAUUUACACAUCAUAAUAACAGGCCAUAGAAUAAAGAGGAUUGUUUUCACCUGGUUCCUAAAGAUAUGUAAUGAUGACACGAGGUGAGCCUCUCUCAAGAGGGCAUUCUACAGAUGCCACCACAGAAAAGGCCCGUUCUCAUGUUGUCACAUUUACAGUUUUAGCAUAAUGCCAUAGCUCAGCCAUGUUACUUCGUAUGUCAUGUUGUUAUUGGGUGUAUUACUGCUUCAGCCAUGGCAUAUUUUUUUGCAAGUCAUUGUUCCAUGCACAAUUCAGCAUCCCUUGUUUAGUAGCAUAUAUAUUUUUUACGUUUUGGGAGUAAAAGCUCCAUUUGAAUAUAUUAAUAGGAGACUGACAUUUUUCAUGAUCCCUACGGGUAAGGGUUUCAUUUCAUUCUCUUUUGUUGGUGUUCUUCUCUGCAGAUGUUAAAACCUGUUUCAGGAAAACUACGCCCCCAGUGGGAAAUGGGUGUUAAGCAAGCAAAAGAUGCAUUGUCCCUGACAGCAGAGGAACGAAAAGUCAAGUACACCUUCAUUUAUGUUAGGGGAAGACCUCUUCUCAAUCCUCAAGUGGCAAAAGAAGCAGGUCUUGCUGUAAAAUCUCUGGAGGAAAUGGAUAAAAUUUACACAGAUGAAGACAUUUCUCAGACUUUGAAAUCAAAGAAAGAAUCUGAUAUUCCUACCAAGAGGAGGAGGAGAGCAAAACUGCUUGCAUUGAAUGAAUCAGACGAAGGCAUUGAACCAGUUAAGAAUAUCACCCCUGAAAAAGUCCUUGAAGGCAGAGAAGCCAAAAGGAGCACAGGGUCUCCUGUUGCUAGGAAAAAAGUUGUUGCGUACACCCCACGAAACAGAAAGGGAGAUGCAGUUUCUCAGUUCUUGGUUUUUUGUCAGAAGCACAGAGAUGAGGUUUGUGCAUUUGCCUUCAGAACUUGUAUUACGAAGCUUAAUUCAUAUGCAUAUCUGUUUUCCUUGUGAUAAUGUCCCAGAGGUGCCACAAGCACUCUUAAUACAUGAACUCUAUCUGUUCUCUCAUAAAUAUACACGCAUGCACACAUGUGUGCAUACAGAAACCUAUUAAUAUACACCAUCUUUCCUUAAAGGAGAUCAAGCAUAAUGCACAGGGUUAACUUAUUUUCUCCUGCCAUCAAAUAUGUGAAAUAGUUUAAAUUGAGAGAGUGACUUGUGAUGGCCUAGAAGCAUUUGAUCCCCAAAGCAGCAUUAUGCAUUGGCUUACCUGCAUAAAUGGGCUUUUUAAUAAAAACAGAAGUCUUGGUUAUUGAGGGUGGAACUGCGAACAUUUCUUCAGUGUUGUGGUCAAGGUAGAUAAUGUAAACCAGUUCAGAUCACAUCGUCACCUCAGCCACUAUUCUGUAUACAGUGGUGCCUCGCAAGACGAAAUUAAUCCGUUCCGCGAGAGUCUUCGUCUAGCGGUUUUGGUUUUUUCGUCUUGCGAAGCAAGCCCAUUGACGGAUUAGCGCUAUUAGAGGUUUAGCGGCUAUUAAAGGCUUAAAGGUUUAGGGGAUUAGCUGCUAAAAGGCUAUUAAAGGCUUAGCAGAUUAGAUAAAGGGGGGGAAAAGCGAAAAAAAAAUCUCAAGACUCGCAAGAUAUUUUCGUCUUGCGAAGCAAGCCCAUAGGGGAAUUCGUCCUGCGAAGCAACUUCAAAACGGAAAACCCUUUCGUCUAGCGGUUUUUCCGUCUUGCGAGGCAUUCGUCUUGCGGGGCACCACUGUACAAACUUAAAGGGUUGUUCAUCUCUGACCCAGUGUCUGUCUGUCUGUCUGUCUGUCUGUCUCCCUCCCUGCCCCCCUCCACCUAUUUUAAAUACAUUGAUAGUUCUGGGUUUUCUCUGGUGGGGCAGCUCAGUUUGGAGGGCAGAUUUAGGUUGGAAAAACAGCAUGGAUGAAAGGUUAAGCCCUGUGUGUAUUUUGCAGCCUCAAUCAUUACCUUGGCAGAUGCUUUGAGGGAAAGGGGAAUAUGUGCUUGAAUCUUAUGUUUGUGUGUAUAGAAACAGUGGUCUUGGUAACAGAGUACUCCUGGUGAUGAAGAGAUAAUCAUAAAUUGAAAAUGAGCACCUUCUGGUGGUAUUUUAGUAAGGGAAACAUACACCAAAAUUUUCCAGGCAAAGGCCAAAGGUAUCUGAGGCAACAUGAGUACAGCUGUUAAAAGAGCUUGGCGCAGUUGCAAAGAACUUCCACUUUUGUUUUUGAUUAAUCACAGUUUAGUGUGUCACCCAAACCCUGAACUGUGGUUAAUCUUAAUUGUGGAAAGCUGGCGCAAGCCACCUUCAUAAUCAGUGGCUUGAAGUUGGCUUGUUACAAAAUAUUUACGAUUAGCUGCAGCUUUUGUCUGCUUUUGGCUAUCAUGACAAGGUGUGGCAAGUCUGAAAAAGACCUCACCAUUUAUGGUUGGUUUAGAGAGAAACAAACUACAAGCCCAGGUUUGGAUGAUUAGGCAAGCCAGACUGGCCUGGUUUGUUCACAGUGGGGGAACCUUUUUCAGUGUUAGGACCACAUUUCUUUGUGGGUAACAUUUUGGAAUCUUCAUGAGUGGAUGCAGCCAGAUCCAAAAGUGGGUGAGGCCAGAGUCAAAUGUAGGCAGACUUUCACCUUUUGCACAAUAGGUUGCAUUCCAGCCACACAAAAGCCAGACGUUUCAACCCCCUCUCCAUUCCUCCAUCCUCUUGUCUCCACACAAGCAAAAGGCAUCACAGUUCAAGUACACAUUCCAGCAGUUGAGGAGGGAGUGAAAUAAAGGCAGUGAAGGGCAUAGCCUGGCAAAGGGUAGCGGCCUAGAGAGUCCCAAAGCCUGGAUAGAGGAGACUAAAGGGCUGCAUUUGCCUGAGAUUCACCGUCUCUAUCUUCAACCAUAGUACAAACCAGGCCAUUAUCACUGUCGUUUGUUCUGUAGAUUUUUACCUAUCAAAGAACAAAAAUCAGUCUAUCGCGAGAAUUGUUCACUAGAUUAAAUAUCUAUAAUUUGGUCGUUUUAUUUUCACAUUUUGAACAAUUGAAUAGUUUCUGACAGUGUUAGAAACUGAGAUAUGAAAGCUAGGAACCUAGAUUAUGGAUGGAACAAUGGAAUGUCUAGGCAUGCUUUUUUAUAAGAAGACUACAAAGUUAAAAAUGAAUGAACGGCAGCUAAAAUAUUGUGUUCAUUUUUCACAUGGUCUAGUCCUUCUGUUGCCCACCCCUCCCCCCUAAUAUUCUUAAGAGGGUCUCUUAUCCAGUCUUCAGAGAGGGACUGGAAGUGGGGAGGCAGAAAAAGGUCCUUUCCUUCCACUCUGCAGUUUUAAUCUGAAAUUGUAGAUGCGCCCAGAGCUCAGAAACCUCUUGCACUAAUGAAAUUGCAAAAUGCUCCUAGAACAAUGGGGGGGGUUUCGAACACUGGUUUUCUCUCUCCCUACCACAGUUGGUUUGCAUGGGAUCCUCUGCUAAAAUGAUGGGGGUGGGGGCAUCAUUUUAGUAGGAAGUUCUGAGUCACACCCCUUCCUGAUUCAGGGAGGGGCUAUGCGUCAGAAUCCCCUGCUGAAAGAGGGGGUUUCCCUCUAUUGUUUUAGCAGAGGACUCCAUGUAUAUUUGUACAGAACCCCCUCCCAAAUCAGUGAGGGAAAUGCCCCUUUUGGCAGCAGAUGCAGAUACGCCAUGUGAAAAGUUUUGCUAAAGAGAAACACGUCCCUUUCCUGGUCUCUCACCCAUCAGUCCUCCCAGCCAUCAUGGGUCCUGUAGUUUCAGCUGGGAUGGAGUGGGAAUGGCAGGAUCUUAGGAAGGGGAAGAGGACCCCACAGCUGACAGUGGGGGAAAGUUCAGGUAGUGAUAGAGAAGAGAGUCUUGCACUGCCGUUGCCAGAUGCCAAUCUCGGGGAGGCAGCAUGAACUGGGCCAGUUCCUUCUCCAUCUCUUCAGAGCCAAGUUCCCAGGUAGCCGAAUAGGUAGCUGGAGUAUGGGUGGAGCUGGUUGAAUUGGAGGUGUGGUGAGAGCUGGAGAGUUCAACACAGGUCCCAUCGCCGGUGCCCCUCCCAGCAGACAUGCCCCUUCUCACUUGGGACCAGAGCGGGAGGGGCGAGUCCAUUGUUGGGAUGCCUUUGCUUAUGUCUAGCUGUGUAUCCAAAAACUCCUACUUAUGGAUCAUUGAACCAUAUACUUAGAGCUGAUGCUGAGACUGUGUGCUGAUUUUAUCAAUAAAGCUUUCAGCAUUUCCUGAGUUGAGAUUUGGAGUGUUUCAUCUGAUGGUGAGAGUCAGGGCAGUGAUGUCAGCUGAUGGGUGGGUGGGUAGGUGGGGAGGGAGGGGGACUGCCUCACAGGUAAAAUUUGGGCACCCACCCCCCACAGGCAGGCAGGUUCCUCAUCCUCCCUUAAAUUGACAAAAUAGUUGGCAUGUUCCAUAAGAAACCCCCCAGCAGACCAUCUUGAUAACAUAUAUUGAAACAAAAGGUGACAACCCUGGAUGUUUGAUAUUUCCUUAAAUGUAUCCCAUGUCUUCAUGGAAUGGUAUGGACUCUGCUUUUAAAUAACUAUAUAGUGGUGGUUUAUUAUACCUAUAUGAAAUGAUGUGUGCCCCUGCAAAUUAGGUUGACACUUCAGGCUUCUGAUGAGCUGGAUUAUAGUCCACAAAGCUUAUGUCAGGGAUGGGGAACUGGUUCUAUCUGAGGGAACUUGCUCACACUCCAUGGGCCAUUUUGACUGCUGGGCGGGGUUACUGGUUUGUCAAUCACUUGGUGUCAUGUUCAAAACCCUGGAAGAAAAUGGAGAAUUAUCUGCCUUGGUUGUCCUCUUGCCUUUUUCUGGUGUGUUGAUUUUUUGACUGCUUUUGAUACCAUUGACCAUGGCUUUUUUGUGGAGAGGCUGUUGGGAGUGGGUGGCAUUGCUUUGCUAACUGGACGACCACUUAGGGAGUUUUGUACGACCCUGUGGAACCUUCAGUGUUGAGAAGCCAGAGUUUGAUUUUAUCCCCCAUGCUGUUUAAAAUGUAUAUGAAACCACUGAAUGGGAUCAUCCGCCAUUUUGGAGUGUGCUGUCAGCAAUAUGCUGAUGCUGCACAGCUUUAGUUCUUUACGGCUGCAGGUGUAGCAGCAGGUGUGUCUUGCCUUAGUAAUGGACUGGAUGAAAGCCAAUAAACUUAAGCUCAAUCCAGACAAAACUGAGGAACUAUUUGUGGGUGGUUACCUAGACCGGAUGAGUGGGAUGUGUCCUGCUCUAGAUGGAGUUACCCUCUUUCUGAAGGAGCUAGUACAUCACCAGUCUCAGGGUGAUGGAGAACAGCUCUCCUAGCUCCUCCACUGUGGGUGCUGAGCAAGCUGCUGUCAGCUGCAAUGCCCCAGAGCAUGUAGCUGUUGGCAGUUCUUGGGCUGGGUUAAGCAUUUCCUGCUGCAACAUCACAGAUCUUGUAGUUGCUGGGCCAACCCCUCCCUCCCAUACUCAUGGGUUGACUGAAGUGCUCUCAGCAGUGGUACCAAGCAUGCAGUUGCUCAGCAGGGUGGCCUAGCAGUGUGAUUCCCCCAGCAUUAAAUAAAGCACAGGGCGAAAAUCUGUAAGCAAGGGCAAGCAAGGAGGAAUUGCCUGAGUAACUGAAUGAACUGCAGGCCUGCAGUAUUGCCCAGAAAAGGCUAAGUUGAAGGUGGCUUUUUGCUCUGUUCUUCUGUGAGACGAUGAAGAAAGGGUGAGAGAGCAGAGAAUUCAUGGCAGAGACAGGACUCAAACUUCCUGACUCAUAGCUCAGUUUCUUGACCCCAGGCCAUGGUGGCCUUCCACAUGUUGCUGGACUACAACUCCCAUCCUCCUUGACCAUUGACUGUUUUGGCUGAGACAGAUGGGACUUGGGUCUAACAGCACCUGGAGGAUCACAGAUGCUGUGCCAGAUCAGAAGUUUUCCACUUCAUAAUUACAGAUCAUAUUUACUUGUUUAGAAAAAAAUGCUCCACUUUUCCUUAUAAAAUAAACUCAAAAAUCUUUGUGCACAAAUGGAAAAAUAACAUCAAGCACAAUAAAAUGUUCAAAUUAAUGUAAAGCCAGUUCAGAUUACUAAAUUAUGCUAAUAAGCAUACAUAAACGCAUACAAAUAAAUAUUUUGCCUUCUGGAUCCCACAGUAUGAAAAGGAACCUUAAUCUUUACUUUAUUACUUUUAGAUGCAGAGUGUUAGUUUUAACUACGUAUAUGUUUUAAUUCCUACUUUGAACAAGUAUUAUGUUUGUUCAGGUGAUUGCUGAACAUCCAGAUGCCUCAAGUGACGAAAUUGAAGAGCUGCUGGAAUCACAGUGGAACAUGCUUAGUGAAAAACAGAAAGCACGCUAUAACACAAAAUUUGCCAUAGUGACCUCUCCUAAAUCUGAAGAAGACACUGGUAAACGUAAAACUGUGCUAGUAUACUCUAACUAAGUUUAAUAUAUGUGGUGGUGUUAACCUAAGCACACAGCUUGAGACUUGUAGGGGGGCGGGCAGACUUUGCUGUUCUCCACUUCUAAUUUUGGUGUGUCGUGAUGAUAGCCGUGAAUGCAGUCUUUACAAUAAAAGUCAAUAAUGUCUGCAUUUCUUGGUCAUUGUUCUGCGGAGUUUUUCUGUGUAAAACUACUGUUUAGAUAUUGCUGGUUUCUCAUUCCCUUCCUGUCUAUAAGCAGCUGCCUCACUGUUAGCAAAGUGAGAAUGGUGGAAAUGAGGAGAAAUAAUCUUAGCAUUUAAAUGUUAUCAUUAAACAUAAUCAAACUUCUUAAAAUUACAGUGUCAUUUGUAAUUUUAUUUCCCUUUAUAAUAAGUGAAACUGAGGACAUGCAUAAACAUCAGAAAUGCAUGUUUCCAAAUUAUAAAUGACCAAUUGAGCACUGUGCUGGUCUUCUAGAAUAGCAUCACAGCCUGCAAGGCAUUUUGGUUGGUUGGUUGAUAUUAACACUUCACUCAGUAUCCCGAUAUAGUACUAAAAGUUCUUUGGAAUAAUGAAUAAACCUGAAGGAAGAAGGGAGGGAAUUAUAUUAGUGAUCUUUCUCAGUAAAAGUAGUAGCUGUAGUAAUAAAGUAAUAAAUAUUUAGCAUAUUAACUUCAUUAGAUUAUUAUGGAAAAUUUAAGCCAUCAGGUUGCUGCUUUGGGCAAUGAGUGGAAUGAAGGUGUGUUUGACAGGUUUGUCAGUUUUGGAAAAAAAUGUAUAAAAAGUGCAGUCAGUUUUGUUAUCUGUGUAUGAAAUAACAUCUUGUGGGAAAGUUAACAGCUUUGUCUUAAUGUGUAAAAUAAUGGAUGUCUAUUUUAAAACAAACAAACACAAACAAACAACACUGCACAACAUUCUGUAUCUCUAAAGGUUCAUCACAGAAGAAUAUGGGCGAGGCCAAGCGUAAAGUGUUUCAAGAAUCCCCUAAAAGGAGAUCAAGAUCCAGAAGUAAUUGAAAUCUGUGCUGUGUACUAUUAAUUCAUUAUGAGUAAUUCUUAAGUCUGCCUUUUAUGUAAUUGCUCACAAAUCAUCGUUUUUCUCUCAGAUGUUGUGUUCCUUUGGCUUCAGAAUUUUUAUGGCUCCCGAAUUAAAUACUUGAGUGCUGUAGUGCUGAGUUUUGUUCAACUUCCUGAUAGCUUCGUCCUACAAAAUAAUCAAAAUGAAUAUAGCUUAUUUCAUAUCUAUACAAUAUGUAUUUCAUGCCUGGGCAUGUUUUUAGCAGUCUGCAAAUGAUCACCAUUGUAUGCCAGUAUAGAUUAUGCCAAUAUAUUAUGUUCAGAAAGCACUGGCGUAUAUAAUAACUGCUGGCUGUGGUAUUUUUAAGCUUCCUAAUUGACAUGAAUUAUGCCUGGACAAUUAUCUAGCUGUAAAAAAAAUAGUUUAUUAGCAUUUGUUACAGGAUAUCAUAUUAUGUUCUGAAGUUGAAGUUCGGACUGUUACAUGAAGCAGCUGCUCCUCAAGGCACUUCUGCUGAGAUGGGGAAAGCAGUUGAGAUGAAGUUCAUUACUAUUACUUUUUCCAUAUAGAUUCAGACUGCUAAGAAGUUUGCCUUUUUUUAAAGUAAGUCUUUACACCAGAGCAGAGCUGUUGAAACAUAGUUUGGCUGCUGAUCCUUUUGUCUUGGAGCUACCUCUCUGUAACAUGGAAUUUGACUACUUCAUCUCCCCUCAAUAUGUAAACAUUCAGGGUGUUGAUGGCAUCUGUUCUUCUAGGCUUUGAUUGAGACAGAACAUUUAAGACGGGGUUUUCUUGGCCUUCGUACAUAAUAAAUUCACAUGCUACCUAUAUUGCUAUCCGUCUGCCAAAUUGUGGGAGAAAUGGCACUAGCGAUCUCACAGACAGGGGUAACUGAAGCCUUCUGUUGUAUAAGACCUUAAUUCCUGGAAGAAAUUAUUUUAAACCAAGAGUAAGACUUCAAAUUGUGUGGGUCCAUUGGUAAAUUGCUUGAAACAAGAAAACGAAUGUUAACUUGCGCAAUAACCAUGUGGUGUGUUUUGAUAAGAAGCUUAGCCUUGAAAGAUUUGUACUGUAAAACUAGUUUUAGAAACAGGACUUCCAAGCCCCAGGCUUUUAAGGGUUAAUAAAGCAUAUUAAAACUGAUGAAAACUAGAUGAGUUCAAGAUACUUUCUAAAUGAGCUUUAGAUCUUUUUCAUGUAAGUUUCCCCCCAUCCCCCUGCUCCAAGGUAACUUACAUGGAAAUAAAAGGAAACCAAUAAAGAGGACAAGGAAACCUAAAGAAGAUUUUGAACUUCAGGAACUUCCUAGGAAAAGGCUCAGGAUGGAUAAGAAGAAUUACCUAAAGGUAACUACAUUGUUGGCUUGUUUGGUACAUUAUAAUAGCGCCAGAGUUGAUUAUAUCUUUCGGUUUUUCAGAGUUUCUGUAGUGUUCUGCUUCACUGCAAACAAAUGCAUUAACUAUGAGGUGGUUACUCAGAAUGAAUUUAGAACACAAGUUUGGGGUGUAUUUGAAUACAUCCUCUAGGAUGUCAUAUGCAUCAUUGAAUGUGACUCUUUCUGGAACUUUUUGCCAAGUAAGUGGGAGAGGUGUUGUCAGGAAGCCAAGAGGGGGGGAAAUAAUGGACUGUAUUUGGGAAAACAAGUAACUCACAUGGCUCUUUUCCUCAGGAACACUAUAUAGGAAUAUCACUGCUUUAGAGAGCCAUCGCUGCUUUUUUACUGCAGCAUUCCCGGAGCACUAAUCCUCUUUCCAUCUGAGACCUAUUUGCAUAUCUAACUACCCUUCACCACGAGCAAAGGGGCAGAAACGCUGAAUUUUAAUAGGCCUCAAUUCCAGAAUUAAGAUGGACAUAAAUAAGUGAGAAAGAACGAGCAUAGCUAGACCACACACCAUUUCCACGUUUGGUUUAAACUCUCACUUGCUAAUAAUGUUCAACCAAAAUUAGCUCUCCUGGAACUUAAGCUCAUUAGAUCUAGUCCUGCCAUUUGGCAGAAGAGAACGCAUCUUUGCCCUUUUCUGUGUGAUGGCCUUUCACUUUUUAAUAAUGUCUUCUCCAGGCUAAACAUACCCAGAUCUUUUAAGCAUGUCUCAUGUUUUGUUUUCCAUACCUCUGACCAUCUUUGUUGCUCUUCUCUGAAUGCAUCCCAGUUUGUGCAGUGCAGAGCAAUAGGGCAACUUUCUGAAAUAUUUUGCUAUGCAAAAUGUAAUUGUACACUACAGUCAUGUGCACACCAGUGGCCAUCUUUAAUACAUAGAUCAAGGGAUAUAUUUUAUAACAACCUUUUAAAACAAAUUUUGAGGGUAAGACAUGCAUGCUUAAAAUUGCUUUUAGUGUUGUGCAGUUCAGUAUCAAAAAUCAGUAUACAAUAAAGUAGGUUUCUGUGGGCUCCUGUUGAUUGUGGGGCUGGUGUUUUCUCGGUUUGGAUUAGAGUGCAUUGACUUUCUGCUCUUUGAUUCUAUGAGUGCAGCAAUUUCUCAGUUCUUGUUCAUGAUGGAGGUAUUUGCACAUAAACUGAAAAUAUGCAUGAGGUGGGCUUUGUUGUUCUUACUCAAGGUGGCCCAGAAUUUGCAGAACUGUUGGUUAAGUUACACUUUACGUAAGUAAAGCUUAAUCUUAAACAAAUGAGACUCUUACCUGAAUGUGUACUCAGAAUUUCAGCGUUAAUCAUUCAUGGAAUAAUCCUUUAGACUAUAAACGUACAACUUAGUAUAUUUAAGGCUUGAUUCAGACAUCUUUCUAGAGUGCAAAUUUGGGGGGUUUGGGGUUCUGCUUGUUUGGAAUUUGAGGAUUCUGUUCCUGUUUAACAGCGUUCUGAACAACUGGGAGGGGAGAAGAAGGUUUAGGAACUGAUGGAUAGCCCUCAUUUUCUUGAAUAUGGAGCUUUUCAACACCAGCCUGUCCUUUCCAACAAGUGCAACUGUCUUUCUUUUAAAAAAUGCUGUUGGUCACUUUGCUCCAGCAAAGUGUCUAUGAUUUGCCCAAUAAAGCAAUAUAAAAGAUCUUGCAGAUAUUUGUUGCAUAAUGUUGAGAAAACAGCCCACAAAUCUUAAGAGCCUUGUUUGUAAGUAUUUUGGCUUCCAAGAGGUCAGCUGCCUCUGCCUCUUCAGAAUGCUAAAGGGCUCCAUUCCACAAGAAUCCCAGCAGGAAGGAAAGCCUAGAACGAACUGGCUUUUGCCCCCUUGCUUAACCCAUUUUUUAUUUUUAUUUUUUAGCCACCAGUCUUUCCAUGCUCCUCCCCUGUCCAGGGAAUAACUCCAGCCCUAACCCUUUCAGGAGCUGUUGCUGUGAGCUUGCCAUACUUGGGGGUGGCAAGGGAAAGUACAGGUUGAGUGCUUCCUAGCCUUCGCUGACAGAUGGUGCCGCUGCAGGCAGGGAGCCCUCCAGGGCUUUGAAUGGGCUGAAGCAGCCUCUGUAAUCGGCCACAUUAAGAACAUCAUACUGUCCUUGGUAGUGCAGCAUCGUGGAUAACAUUGCGACUUCUUGGUGCUUCUGUCGGUGCGUGUGAGAGAGAAAUUCUUUCCUUUGGUUUCAGUUUUGUGCUGUUCUUUACACUGGAUUAGGGUGUCCAUGUGUCCUCUUUUUCCAGGACACAUUCUCUUUCUCAGGGGUAAAAUUUAUGUCCGGGUGGAUUUUUUUAAAUUUGCCAAAAUGUCUCUGGCUAUACUUUCUGGAUGAGACAUAGACGUAACUGAUGGUUGAAGUUACAGGUAGGUAGCUGUGUUGGUCGAAACAAAAAUGAGACCAACUUAAGUUUGUUAUUGGUAUGAGCUUUCAUGUGCUCAUACCAAUAACAAACUUAGUCUCUAAGGUGCUACUGGAAGCAAUUUUUUUAUGCUGGUUGAAGACUUGCUUUCUUCUUCUCUUCUCCUGCCCCCCUCAGCAAUAUAUCACAGAUUCUAUUCUUCUUUCUUUGGUGAUCGCUCAUAGCCAAGUAAGAUUGUCUUCCAUAAACACGGUUUUAACAAUGAGUCUGUAAGUGACUGUGGAGGCCAACCCUGGAUCCAUACGUCCUUCCACAGUGGGGAACAUAGGUUUCCGGGCGGGAGUUGAUCACAGUGUGGAUUUGCCAAGCGUACCUUCCUCUUAGCAUGUUUCUCCCUUACAUCCUGAGUUUGAGUGUCUUCAAAGCCCAUGACACCUUUGGUAAAGGCCGUUUGUUCUCCAGUUGGAGCGCUCGCAGGCAAAUGUUUCCCAUUUGUGAGUGGUUAUACUACUUUUUUAAAAAAAUGCCUUGAGACAGUCUUUAAACCUCUUUUGUUGACCACCAGCAUUACACUUUCUAUUUUUAAAUUCGGAAUAGAUUAUUUGCUCUGGAAGACGAUAAUCAGGCAUCCACAGAACAUGACCAGUAGGCGUAUUUAAAAUGAGAGUCAUCAUAGCAUCCUCAUUUUUGCCCUUCACAAUCUGGCAACCAUACACUGGAAAUAAGUGAGCACCUUUUUGCGAUGCAGUCUCUGCCACAAUACUCGCUUUGUCCCUUUUCUAUGAAAUCAAAGCAUGUGGUUAUAACAUGGUUUUUUAAAAAAAAAAAACAGUCUUCAUUGAGAAUAGAAUUGGGUGGCCUUAACUUAGUGAACACCAUGUAAUUUCAAGCAUAAAUGGAACAUUUCAUACUUUUAUCAAAUUGACUUAAUCAAAACAGAGUUUAGCACCUUCUAAAAUUCAUUAUAGAAACCCUUGUAUAAGCACCAGUCAGAUUUAUGAUUACAAAAAUACUGAGUUCUGGAUAGACCAUGCCUGCAACAGGUUUGUGUUUAACCUUUAAUAAUACUAAUAAAUGAUUGUUGUGAUUCCAUAUAAAUGAGAUGGAUGUGUGUUUUUUUUUACCUUUGUAGUAUCUUCUGUAGUUUUGUAUUACAAAGACAUUUGCCUGGUAAUGUCCACAUUUAUCCAGAUUAGGUUUUUUAUUUUUUCAUUUCAUUUCAUUUUUAUUUUUAUUUUGUAACAGAGGGAGACAAGCAAUGACAAAACAGCAAAAGCAAACUCAGCUAAAGUCACAGAAACCUCUUCUUCACAAAAGAACCAGUCAGGUAAUGUGGUCAGAACAAGCUUUGAUGUAACAUUUUCAAUUAAAUUCUUAUAAAUUCCAGUUGUUGAAGAUUGCCAACUCCCUAGUUUGAUGAAAAAGUGUGGCUUCUUCUAAUAUUGCGAAGAAUGGGAUUCAUUAGACAUACCUGGUAAAGUAGAGUGCAGUGAACCCCACCCCUCAGUCAUUCUAUGGGCUAGUUUUUAACAUGCCACAGGAUUCUUUGGCUUGGACCUGGUGGCGCACUUGGCAAUGAACAGAGACCAGUUGUGUUUGCACAAAGUGGGAUCUUACUGCCCAUUUGGCCCCUUGCAUCUACAGUGCCACAACACACCAGACAUCGUGUUGGAAGACCCCCUGGCCCUCUGAAACAGCUUAUACGAGACCAGAAACCUCUGUUCUGCUUGCAGUUCUUAGAAUUCAAAUUCAGACCUUUGUCAUUCAAUUAGCAUUGCGUUUUUCCAUGCUGUUUUGGUAGAUUUAGUUCGACAGAGCAGUGAUGAGGAGUGGGAGGUAGAGAGGUAAAGGUUAAGGGACCCCUGACCAUUAGGUCCACUCGUGGCCUACUCUGGGGUUGUGGCACUCAGCUCGCUUUAUUGGCCGAGGGAGCUGGCGUACAGCUUCCGGGUCAUGUGGCCAGCAUGACUAAGCCGCUUCUGGCGAACCAGAGCAGCACACAGAAAUGCCAUUUACCUUCCCGCCAGAGUGGUACCUAUUUAUCUACUUGCACUUUGAUGUGCUUUCAAACUACUAGGUUGGCAGGGGCAGGGACUGAGCAAUGGGAGCUCACCCCGUCGCGGGGAUUCGAACCGCCGACCUUCUGAUCGGCAAGUCCUAGGCUCUGUGGUUUAACCCACAGCGCCACCCACGUCCCUGGGAGGUAGAGAACCAGUCUCUAAAAGCUAUUGGUCUAGAUACACUUCCAUGACAGUGCAAUCCUAGAUAUGUGAGCUCAGAAGUAAGCCCCAUUGUGCUCAUGGAACAUGCUUCGAGGUAAGAAUGUAUAGGUUUGUUGCUUAAAAAAGAAAUCUGGGUGUUAAAGUGUGGCAUGUUUCAUCAUAACUACUCCCACCAUGAGGUUGUUUUUGAAAUUAUUUUAUCCUUGAAAACAAAUUUGCUAGUAUUUUUUAAACCCCAGUUUCUACUUAAUUGACAAAUUGAGGAAAAUCCAAUACAUGCUGCUCCACGUUCCCUAGAAUACAAAUUAAUUAACAAGUGACAAAUGUGCAGACUUGUUUAACUGAAGUGUUUCUUAACUAUUAGUGCCUUUUGAAAGUGCUCUACAGUUCAGUACUGCGGUAGUUUAAAAAGUCCAGUGUAAAAGGUUCCCACACACUUGAGGGGAGGUUAUCUACAGAAUUCAAGAAAAUGCGUUAGAAUUCCAAGUUCACCUUGUAAACAAAUUAUUUUGCCGCAAUGACAGGUCUUUCAGAUGCAUGUAAACCCCUGAAGAAGCGAAAUCGGGCUUCAGCAGCAGAAUCGUCAGAUCUUGCCUAUAGCAAAACUUCAUCUCCUUCAGCUUCCUUAACUGAGAACGAGGUAAAAAUAUGAAUGAAUAGUGGCGUUCAGAUAAAACACCAUAACUUCUUUUUUUAAAAACCAUUCACAAAAUCCACAUAAAACAAGGCGAUGAAAUUUAGAGCGAGGCAUUUCUGUUCUGUGAACACCUCUCCUGCAGUUCACCGCCUCUCUUCUUGCUACACACUGGUAGACUGAGCUGUGCAAGGCAGGGAGAGGAGGAAGGGCUGGUGAAUAUCUGGCUCAGAAAGAAACUUCAUCUCAGAUGGGUCCAACAAAAACAUUCCUCAUACCCAAAUGCUCGGGAAGAGAUGCUCCUAUCACAUGCACAGUGUCUCCUGAAAUAGCACUGGAUAACUCAGUGCCACCCAUGAUUAUCGUGACUUUCUUCCUUGGUCAGCCCCUUCUGUGUAGAACUCUGUAUUGCUUUAAAACUAUUAAAGGUAGAAGAUUGAAUUGAAAAGCACCUGGAAGAGCAUACUUCAAGCUUCCGAGUCAGUAUAUAAUACUUGGAAUGUACAUACAAUUCAAGCUGUACUAGGACUAACGCAAGUUAAAAUGCUGUGUAAAAAUCGCAAAAUCAAAGUUUGGCAACUUCUCUGAACAUUUUAGAAUACGUUUGUAUGUUGGUGUAUUAAGAUAUACUCAAAGCUAACCUGAAGGAGGAAAAAACCCCAACCAACUAAGGAGCUGCUUUACUUCCAAAUGCAUCUUAUUCUGGUAAAUUGUUACAUAAUUUCACAUUAAAUAGUAUCAUAUAUUUAUGCCAUCUUGUGUUUAUAUCAAUGUUUUAUGGAACUAAUUGGAAUAACUAAGGUAUGUAUCACAAUGUAUACAACAGUGUAAGUGUACAUAGAUUGAAUAAUCUCUAUAAAAAGUUAAACACUCUGUUCCAAGAUUAUAGUUUAUUUCAACUACACAGAAAGCUGUGUAAUUAUUGUUGCAGCGAUGUAAAUCACAGAUUGCAUGUAUGGUUGCAAUUUCGCUGUAAAUACAGGCACGGUGUAACCAGCCUGGAUAGCACGGUGCUGAUAACACCAAGGUUGCCGUUUUGAUCUCAUAAGGGAUAGCUGCAUAUUCCUUCAUUGCAGGGGGUUUGACUAGAUUAUCCUCGGGGGCCCUUCCAGCUCUGAUCCUAUGUCUGGAUAAUGAAUAUGGCUCCUGAGAGAAGUAACAGAAGCUUCCCACCUCCUUCCCUGCGCUUCCCAAAACAUUUCUUUGGAUUUGGAUUGUUGCUCUUGAACAAGGUGGGGUAGGGCUCAGGUUGUUGCUGGAUCAGGCGGGAACCUAUUUCUCAGCAGACGUGUAGAAGUGUACUGUUUGGAUCCAAGUCAUUAUUUUUAGAGAAUUCUAUAAACGCACUGAACUAAUAUUCAGUUUGGGCCGUGCAACUUUAAGCCUCUCUUAGCUGGAGUCUGGGCUGGCUCUGGUUGCUUCGUAUCCCCCACUCAGCUCUUGGUGUCCAGGCCCUCCUUUUGGACAGGAAAACAAUCUUCAGUGUCACAGUGCCAGGUAGCAUUUUCAGUGUAGCAAGUCUGAAGGUCUGAAAAAUACUCAUAUAGACUUGGUUGACUGAACUACAUCUGGCAUGGUUUUCGAUUGCACCUUCCCUUCCUCUGACUCCUUUUCCCUUUGGGCAUUUGAAAGAGCCUACACUUCAGGCAUACUGAAGUUUCUGGGGGUACAAAUUAUUCUGGGAGACACAGCAGCUCUCGCAGUGGCCCUAGGAGGAAACACUACAGGUGAAAUGUCUGAAGAUCUGAUCAGUUCCAUGAUCAGUUCAAUUACUCCAGUGCUGGAUAUCUCACCUAUUUGAGAUGAGAAUAACCUAGCCUAGAUGAUGAUCAUGGAUUCCUGGCUUGGUAGCUGGGGAAGUAGUUUUGAGAAGGAAACUGCUCGGUCUCACAGGGAUUCUAUAAUGGCAAUUUCCUGAAGCUGAGGGAGAUUGUGGUGGCAGCUUGUUAGUACUUCUCAAGGCAAAUGGAGGGACGUUGUGUUGCAUCAUGUAGACAGACAGCAAAGAUCAUUGUCACAAUCUCCUAAAUGAAGGCCUUCUGCUCUUCUGGGGUCCUGCAGGCAGUGGCCCCAAAUACUUAAUGAACAAACACCAAUCCAUUGGUUUCUGAAUUCCAGAGAAUAUCCUUAGAGUAGUGACCAAGGUUGGGUAAGUGGUGAUGUGACUUUUUCUUCUCUGUUUAGCAAUCCACUGAUACUUUUUUCAUUAGGAGAAGUAGUAAGAGACAGUCAACCCACUAAGGGCAGAUUGGCCAGUUGAUUUCAUAAACACCUUUCCUCCAUUUCUUUAUAUCUCCUAGGCUAGCAUAAAGUUCUGCGAGCAGCAGAUAGGGAUGUUCCUUACUGCUGCACAGUGCUGAGGAGACCAUGGUUCUCAGAUUCCAACAUCCUCGUGGCUCUGUCAUGCACUAGAAUCAAAAGUAUAAGCAUUUAACCGCUUGGAGGUUGAAAAGAACCUCCCCCUAACCCAUGAUUACUCCAAACACGUCUUUGGUACAUUUCUGGCUUGUUCUGUGACCAAUAGUUCGUGGGAUUGCAAGAAAGGAUUCAUCAGCAGGUUGGGUGGGUCUAGUAAGAUCUCUUAUAGAAGGGGUUUUGGAAGUCCUGGAGUUUCUGCAGGACAGUCUUAACACAUUUUGCAGAUAGGCUUCAGCUUUGGCUGACAUUGUAGGCCCCUUGACAUCUACUCCAGCUUCGCACUCUCAUGUGCACCGGCUUCUGAGAACAGUGUUCCUCAUUCUUCCCACAGCUUGUAUAGUCCUUGUCUAUCAUAGUUCUUUGGGCACUAGCCAAAGCUCUUUCCAAGCUGUUAAAAUUUUACAUUUGUGUAUGUGAAUUUCCGUCCUGCUCUGCCUAUACCAAAGGACAGUAUACUUGCUCAUGGCCUACUUCACUACAAAAGUGUGGCCGUACGCUAAACAUAGUGAGAUUUAUUUUUAUACUUUGCUUUUUAACCAAGGUUGGCUGUCAGGGUAGUUUACCAUCAGAAUCCGCAUAGUACAAUAUAAUUGGGAUUAUGUUAGAGUGCGUGUAGCAGUCUCUUCUGGACACUGGUGAUAAAGUACAUGAUCUAAGUCCUUUUCUAGAUGGAAGGGCACUGUAGGAGCUACAGAACUGAUUUGACGGGGCAAAGCCUUAAUUAACAGAAGUCUCUUUAAAAUGGCCCUUGGCAAAAGAGGUACCCAUGGCAUUUCUGGAUCUUUGGUUAGGAAAUACAUUACCAUUUGAAAUGCAUAAACCCGUCAAUCAGUUUCCUAAUGUGUGAAGAUGUACACACAGGGUUCAGGGGAGCCCUGAGGUGGCACCACUUGUGAGUAAGGAAGCCAGGGUGCCUUCUAGAAUGUGGAAAUCAAUGGACAAACCACAGUAAAGCAUUCUGUCCUGUGGGCAACCCCUGGAUCACAGACCAUAUAAGUCCAACUGCUAGAUUUUAGCGAGCCCUUGGGAUCCCUUCCCCACCCAUCAGCUGUUAAGUGGGGAGCAUAAAGUGUGCAACUGCAGCUCCUUCCUCUGGAAGAUGAUAAAAGCAGAGAGGAAACAUCCCAGCAUAGAGGUAUACUUGCGUUUCUUGAACAUACACAAAAAACACCCUUGCAGUCUGCAAAUUGCAUAUAUGCAAUUAUUGGGAUGCAAACUUCAUUUUAAUGUUUGAGGCUUUGAAUAGCUGCAAGAUAGGGCUCGCUAUUCAACUCUGCAUUUUUUAUUUUUUGCAUUCUUCUGGAAUUUCUGAGUUUGGUUGGUUGGUUUGUUUUCCCUUGUUAUGCAGUCAUGAUAAGAUAAAGUGUGUUUCAGAGCUUUUUCAUAAAGACAACUAUGGAUAAAAUGGAAGAGGAAAGUUGAGUGCAGUUAAAUAUACAUCUGUGUUACCAUGGAACAUUGCUUUGUAUUCAGGUCUGGCACUUGUAUAUAGGAGUGCGGCUCCUGACCGCUUCCCAUCCAAGUAAUGUAUCCCUCCUUCGCCCUGAACUAAUGAGCCAGAGAUACUCAGUGCUAGUCUUUUGAAAGAGAGAAACGUGUAUCUAUGACGCCGUGAACUCUUGGUCUAACAACUUCGAAUUUGCAGGAUCUGCAGUUCCUGCCUCUUCCCUCUGAAGAUGACAGCCUUGAAUCUAGACCGUGUAACUUGGAAGAUGUGUCUUUAUAGAUAAAUUCACAAUCAUGGGUUGGGUAUUACUUUUUGGUAAUUGGUAAUGGAAAUGCCCAAUCUGAAUAUUUGAAAUCCUUGCUAUUUUUAAAUGUACCUGUGCUAGAUGCCCUAUCACCCUUGAGUGGCAAAAUGAGGAUUCUGUUCUUGUGAAUUAAUGUGGAUUUAUGUCCAUUUGGGAAGAAAGGGCUUAUCUCUGCCUACCCUCUCUUGGUUCUGCUCCAUUUCAUGGUCUUAUUCUUUCUGGGCUUUAGAAGGUUGAAUUAUUUCCCAUAGUGCCUGGUCACUAGGUUAUCAUGUGUUCAUUGAAAGCUGUACGACAUCUCUAAAACUACUGAAGAGAAGUUUCUUAUACUGUUAGAACUUUUCUCCAUGAGCUCCAUUUCAUCAGUUAGGUUUGAGGCUAGUGGUUCUCAAAACAUUUUGCAGCAGCAGAACCUUUCACUUUGAACAAAACUUCAAUGGAACCGAUGCAGCAAAUUGAUUUUAAAAUGAUUUUUGCUCCUCGCUGCUUCACCCCUCCCCCACGCGGUAACCUUCAGCAACAAACGGCAAUGGAAAACCAGGAAAGACGACAAUGCUUCCUGCUAUUCAAUUCCUGGAAAGCACAGCAAGGGAAGGAGAGAAGGAGAAGGGAUUCCCAGGACAUUUCUCCUGCCCCAGUAGUGCAUUUAAUCUCUUUGACUGUUGCAAAAAUGGAAAUUGCACAUUGUUUGCAAUUAUCCGCCGUUACAAAUACCUCCUUUGGGGUGAAGGUGAUGGAGAGGGUUGUGGGGGAGCAGCUGCAAGCAUUCUUGGGUGACACAGACUAUUAAUAUCCAUUCCAGUGCGGGUUCAGUGCUGGCCAGAGCAAGAUGGGAGGAGCACGACUUUGCUCCUGGUUCUUGAUCUCUUGCCGGCUUUUGAUACUGUAGUCCGUUGUGUGUUCUUGAAUGAGAAUUGGGUGCAGAGUAGCAGUAGGAGAGUUCCUUUAAGUGCCAUUGAAUAUCUGUCCGAAGCUGUUGGGGAGGAGUCAUUAGGAGUUUGGGGUCAAGGGGCCACCAGUAUGCUGAUGACACUCAGCUCUUGUUUCUCCAUAACAUCUGAAUCGGGAGAGGCCAGGCAGCCCUUGGACUAAUACUUGGAUGCAAUGGUGAAGUGGAUGAGGAAGAACAAGCUGAGCUUUGAAUCCUGAGAAGACAGAGGCACUGUUGGUGAGUGGUUCCCAUGUCUGAGAAAUUAGUCAGUUGCCUGCCCUGGAUGGCUUGCACUCCCCCUGAAGGAGCAGGUUCACGGCCUGGGGGUACGUCCGUAUCCAGCUCUGUUGCUGGUGGCCGAGGUGGCCUCCGUGGCUAGAAUUGCAGUCGGUAUGACAGCUACGAUCAUUCCUGAGCUGGGAAAGCUUGGCCAACGUGGUUCAUUGCAAGCUUUGAACUGUUUCCUUGCAAAACCAAGAUCUGCUCCUUGAAGGGCUGGUCGUUUUGUGCCCGAGUGAUACACUGCUGCUCAGACAGAGAAGACGGAGAGGGGGAGGCCGUUUGUCUCAGCUCCUCCUCCUUCCCUGUUAGUUGCCGUGACUCAGUUUCUCCCUGCGGUGGGGGUUGCCGCACAGCUGAAAAGCAGGUCAGCAGCUCCUCCUUCUGGCUAGCUACCAUGGUGGUACAUAGUGAGUAAGGCUCUUGGAUCAUCCCGCUCUCCCAUUCCUGCUUCCAAACCCUUAGAAAUAAAUCAUAGCAGGCAGGAGACAGUGUUCACCAGCAGCAGGAAUGCUCAAGAAUGCAAUUCAUUUUUAGGGGACAAAGGAAAAGAAAAUAAUUUUCAACACGUUUCUGGGUUAGGCUUCCAAAGACGGAAAGUAUGUCUGCUUGAGAAGCUUACUUGUGUUAGUAUCAGUUCUAGGCUGCCUGCCUCCCCCAGCCCCCCAAAAAGAGUUGCCCUAUUACAAGGGAAUAUUGUGCCAGUCAAGCACUUUUGCAUCUGUUUCCUCAUUCUUGUUAGGUCUGUUAGGUAAUUGUUCACCUAGGCAGAUUUCCUAUCAAUAAAGCAGGAGUUACUUGCUACCUUCCUGUUGUUAAUUUGAUUUCUCACCUGCCCUUCACCAUAAGGUCUUAGGGUUGUAUUGGGCACUGUAUUCAAAAAUGGGUAAUUUGCAGGUGUCGACUGCAUUGGGUGUUGUGAUACACUGUGCUAUUGUUAAGUUUCACAAGCACUGCAAAUAGGCAAUGUGAACCUCUUGAUUCCCAUGACCUUUUUGAGGUUAUCAGACUAAACAGAUAUUUUUCUUUGCCUUGCUCCUGGGUUGCUUUGCUUUAUCAGCAGCAUAUAGUGAUCUUGUGUAUUCUACCAAUUUUUAUGUGAACAGCAAGGCUUGUUAAAUUUUGUCUUGAAAGUGAACGGUGUGGUUUUUUUUGAGAAUUCCUUUCCUGAAUACCUUAAGCAAAGAAAAUAUUUGGCAGUUCAUUUUUUUUAAGGUAUAUUCAGAUAUUCCUAUCCUCUUCAAGCCAACAUAAUUCUUGUCUGUAGCAAAGUAUACCACAUGGAAUUUGACAAGAUAAGCCAUUAAACCCCUUUGGCUUCAACAGUUGUCUUUGUGUUAUAUGGAUAGAUCUUAUCUUAUAUGAGGAUUAGGUUCCUGGGGACAGGGCGUCAAACGUUGUCAAGGGCAAAAGCUGAAUAAUUCCAUUGGCUAAACAGCACCGUUAGUGUCUGAAAAAUGAGAGUUUCGAGUUCUAUGGUUCAAUAUAUCCCGUAGGAGGGAUGCCAUCUUGCAUCCAAAUUGUAAAUGACGUUUUAGUUGUGUUUUGACUGCAAACCUUCAUGGUAAAAUCAGCCAAUUGCUUUUAGAUCAGCUAGAAAAUUAUUUUGUAUGAUAACUUAUUUUAGAAAAGUAGUCUGUACCACAUCAUUUCCUAUAUUAAUAGGAAAUGCCAAAUGAGUGUUACGUGCAUGCACAGUUAUGUGUGUUUCUGCAACAUGCUAAAACUUGUUUGUUAUCUAACACGUACUGUACUUUUCUUUCCUGCACAUACAUCAUCCAGCAAUAAAUAUGAAUAAGAACCAACAAAGCUUCUGUGAGUGUCCCAAGUGUCAUUUUUGUAGCCUUCUUUCUAUAGUAAUAAUUGUAGCCCCUUUCACCAAAUGCCCAGGCAGGCUGAUGUGAUUCUUCAUUCCUCCCCUUAUGUUUCCCUAAAUGCCUCCACUUUGCCUCUGCUCUCCGUUCCUCAGAUUUCAGUUCACUUUGUGAACUUUGUGGUUUCACCUCUGUAGUACUCUUUUUCUAAUGACCAAAUGUGCUGGCCAAAGAAAGACAUUAAAUGCAUCUUGGCAUUUAAUGCAUAAGCAAAAAGCUACUGGAUAGGGUAUUGAUAUUUACCGGGAGUGUGACUGGCCGGUAAGGUUAGGUGAGGAGCCUAGUUUGUUAGUACAGGUUGUUUGGAAUAACUAUCUCUGUUGUUCUGUGGUUUUAAACAUAGGUUUUAUAGGAAGGGUCGUAGCUCAGUAUAGAUCACCUGCUGCUUUGCAUGCUGGGUUCAAUCCCUGGUAUCUCCAGGUAGGUCUGGGAGAUAAUCUUGCUUUGAAACCCUAGAUGGACCCAAUGGUCUGACUCAGUAUAAUGGAGAUUCCUAGGUUCCUAUAGUUACAGAUUAAAAUGUUUUCUGGCUCCUACUUUAGAGAUUAUAAAUUUCUAAAAUCUCUAUAAUAUUACUUUGCCAUUAUGCUCUUUUCACUGUAGGUUGUAUUGCAUAUGAAAUACAGUGGUGCCUCGCAAGACGAAAUUAAUUCGUUCCGCGAGUUUUGUCGUCUUGCGAUUCUUUUCGUCUUGCGAAGCACGGUGUCGGGAAAGUUUUGGAAAAGCUUCAAAAAUCACCAAAGUCUUUAAAAACCUCAAAAAAGGCUACCACACCGCGUUCUAUGAGUUGCUCCUCGAAGUCAAGUCGCAACUGUAUUAACGGUGUUAAGAAAAAGGAAACAAACUUGCAAGACGUUUCCGUCUUGCGAAGCAAGCCCAUAGGGAAAAUCGUCUUGCGAAGCAGCUCAAAAACCAAAAAACCCUUUCGUCUAGCGAGUUUUUCGCCUUGCGAGGCAUUCGUCUUGCGGGGCACCACUGUACUGAAUUACUAACAAUAACGAAAGCUAUUAUAUAUAUCCUAAAUCCAGCUGUCGUAUAUUUAAAAUGGUCUAUGUGGUUGACGCUACAGUUCUGACAUUUGCUUUAGAGCCUGGCUGGUUCCAGAGAUUGAUAAGGCUGUGCAAAUGCAAAGGCCUAGCUUAUAAAAAUUCUCUUGAUGUAUUUCAUUAUAUGACAGGCUUUUUGGAGAUUUAAAUAUGAAAGCUGGGUAUAGGGCCAUUUCUCUGUCCAAAACCACCCAGUGAGGUGAGAUUCAAACUGGAAAUUUCCCAAUUCCUAUAGUUUAAGAUAUUCCAAAUGUGUACCAUAAAUUCCUGGUGCUGUAUUUUAAAUUCAUACUAGACAUUAAUUUUUAUUUACCGUAUUUUUUGCUCUAUAAGACUCAUUUUUUCCCUCCUAAAAAGUAAGGGGAAAUGUGUGUGCGUUUUAUGGAGCGAAUGCAAGCUGCACAGCUAUCCCAGAAGCCAGAACAGCAAGAGGGAUUGCUGCUUUCACUGCGCAGCGAUCCCUCUUGCUGUUCUGGCUUCUGAGAUUCAGAAUAUUUUUUUUCUUGUUUUCCUCCUCCAAAAAUUAGGUUUAUCUUGUGGUCUGGUGCGUCUUAUAGAGCGAAAAAUCAUGGUAGUUCUGACAUUUUUUGUUGUUUCUUUUACCCUAGCAGACGUGGACAUGGGUAUAGCUUGGGUGCAGGCUUCGGUUCAUGCGUAUGCAUUUGCACAGCACUUUGUAUCCUCUUAGUGCUUGUCCAGUUGGCAGCAAACUCUUAAUGUGGAUGAAGUUGUGUAUCUUCAUUUCAGGAACCAGUAGUAUGACUAGCUGUGUGCAACUAGAGCUGGGUGCUUUGUCUGUCCAGGCGUGUUUAAAAGGUUUCAAAAAUUUAACGGUGCUUGUUUGUCAUGUUCACUGUUCUCCUACAUUAGCCCAAAUCUUAUAUGAUGUUUGCAGUACAUACAAUAGACUUUCGGAGAUGACACUUGAAAGUAAAUAGAGGAUUGUUUACACAAUAAACAGUUUAUUUAAACCAUAGAUGUGCUGCCCUUUGCUUCGUGCCAGAAAUCCAAGAUGGCUAACUAUAAGGCUUAGCAUUGCAAUAUAGCAUAAUUUAAAUACUGUGGAAUUAAAUAUUAUUAUUUUUUAAAUCCAGAUUGCAUCAGUGUGACAAUAAAAUGAUAUAAAAAUCACGCCUAGCCCUAACAACAAAAGCCUUCUUAAAAUGAAAGCUCUUACUUACUUUUAAGGAAGGGAGUUGAGAUUACAUCAAACCUCCCUGAGGCGUAAGAAGUCUGAAUAUUAUCACCAAAAAAGAUGUCUAAUUUCAGAGAGUAGGGGGAGCAAGGCUUUGAUGAUGACUUAAGCAUCUGAACAGGUACAUACUGGGGACAAGUGGUCUCUUUCAGUUAUCUGGCUCCAGACCAUUUUCAGAUUUUAUAGGUUAAUGCUAGCACUGUGAAUUGGGUCAUAAAAACAACUGGAAGCCCAUGAAGUGCACGUUCUUAUUUUUAUUCUAUGUACACCACUAUUACUAUAUCUGUUUAUCAUCUCUCUCUCCAGCUUUUGUAUGCUGUGCAACUUACAAUAGAAAUAAUGUAAAUAUAAAACAUAAAGCAUAAAAUCAAAGCGAAACAAAUACAGAAAAAACAUUUGCACACAGCACCCUCAAGAUUAUUAUUAUUUAACUAAAAACUGAGAGGCCUGGAGCACACAUUUUUUUUGGAAGGCAUGAGUAAACAGAUAGAUCUUCAGCUGGGGCCAGAAUGGCCACACAGACUGUGCCAGGCUAGCUUCCCUGAAAAGGCUGUGUACUAUUAACUGGUAUUAAAAAAAGGUAAAGGACCCCUGACAGUUAAGUCCAGUCGCGAACGACUCUGGGGUUGCGGCGCUCAUCUCUCUUUACUGGCCGAGGGAGCCGGCGUUUGUCCACAGACAGUUUUUCUGGGUCAUGUGGCCAGCAUGACUAAGCUGCUUCUGGCGAAAGCAGAGCAGCGCACGGAAACGCUGUUUACCUUCCCGCCGGAGCAGUACCUAUUUAUCUACUUGCACUUUGAUAUGCUUUCAAACUGCUAGGUGGUCAGGAGCUGGGACCAGCAACGGGAGCUCACCCCGUCGUGGGGAUUCAAACAGCCAACCUUCCGAUUGGCAAGCCCUAGGCUCAGUGGUUUAGACCACAGCGCCACCCGUGUCCCUAGUUCCAUCCGCUACAUACCGUUUACAUGGUAGUGUUGUGUAAAUAAUGCCUUCCCUUAAUACAUUUCUUUGUACACUUCGUGCAAAGGUGGAAAAGUGGUUUAGACCACAGUGUAUAGCCAUUACCAAAACCAACCUCUUCCUGCUGCUAACCUGCCUUAAGUCAUUUGGGGCGAGGAAGAUGCGCCCCAAGCAGGGUCUCCAAAGAGGACCUUAAGUUUUGUGUAGCUAAAUAUGGGAGAAGGUGGUCUUUCAGGUAACCUCAUCCCAAACCACUUAGGGAUUUAAAGAUGAAAGCCAAUAUUUCAUUUUGGGCCCAGAAAUGGACUGGAAGCCAUCACAGCUGACAAAGCACAGUUUCUAGAGACUUACUUUUAUAGGCAGCCUUACAUACAAUACAUUGCUAUGGUAAGUAGUAGGUUACUAGAUUGUGGGGAAUUGUGGUCAAGCCAACUCGAUCCAGACAAGGUUACAGUUGGUGCAUCAGUUGAAGCUGCUAAAAGAUACUUCAAGCUGCAGAUGUUACUUAAGCUUCCAACAACAGUGCUUUACUAAGCACCCCUAGAUGGCACCUCCAUCUAGAAAAGACUGGACAUCAUUCACUUGGAUGGUUGGAUGAAUGAGCCACCAACCAACAAGACAUUGUUUUUAUCUCGAUUGGAACUUGGUUUAUUCACCCUUAUCUAGCCAGUUCAUCCAACCCAUGCCCAAGCUCUGCUUCAGGACAACCACAGCAUUUCCAGCAUCUGAUGAAAGAGAGAGAUUAAAGUUGAGUGUCAUUUGCAUACUGGUGACACCUCAGAACAGAUCUCCAGAUGACCUCGUAUUUCAUGGAGAUGCUAAACAGCAUGGGUAAAAGAACAGAACCCUGCUGAACAUCAAAGCACUACUGCCAGGGGAUCCAGCAAUAACUCCCCAGCACUGUCUUCUGGAAAUGGCUAUCCCAAAAGGAGCAGAACCAUCAAGCAGUGCCUCCUGUCUCCCAGACAUAAUGUAGAAAGCUAUAUACAGAAGGCUGAUUGUAUCCAAAGCCACUGAGAGGUCCAGGAGAAUUAAUAAGGAAGCAGCCCUCUUGUCUUUUUCUCAACAAAGGUCAUGCCAAACAUAGUUUCUGCCCCAAAACUAGCCCUGAAACCCAACUAAAAAUCCCAAAAUGAGAUUAGUGUAAUCCAAACCUUUUUAUUACUGAUGUACUGAUCUUUUGAUCACCUUGGCCAGGAAGGGAAUGUUCACCACUGACUUACAGGCUAGGUUUCUUCAGGGGUAAUAUAAUAAUGGCUUAUUUUAAAGAAGCUGAGACUGCUGCCUCCAUCAGACAUUUGCAGCCCUUGUGGACCGACUCCCUGCUAGACAAAAUAAGUAAUGGAUGGCAAGAGUCAAGAAUACAAGUGGUUGACCAGACUCGCCCAGGCGCCUUGGCCACAUCCUCAAGCUCCAAUAACUCAAAAGUCAUUCCACAAAACCAGAUCAGACACUUCCACGAUUGACGCUGCUUUAAUUGUGGAGCCCAAGUCUUGACUGAUACAGGCGACUAUCCUCGGAGCAUCUUGCAAACGCAGCACAGCUUUCUACUGUUGGUUCUGCAAUCUCUUCCCUGGGCCGUAUUUCAAAAGGUCCUACACCACAUUGGAAAGCUCCUCUGGACAACAUUGAAAGGGUGCAAUGGGGGGGGGAGAAUGGUUUCUACACUCCCAUCACUAACUCAGAGUGGACUGAUAAUAGUCUCUCACUUCAGCCAGACUGUCGUGAGCCUUUUCCCACUUGUGACCCCGCUGUAUUCCUGCUUGCUUCAUUGCCCUCAGUUCCGGUGUGUACCAAGAUGUUGCGUGGAUUCUGCUCAGCAAAAGAGGGCACUCGGGAGCAAUCAAUGGCAACCACCCAAGUAAUCCCUGAGGACCACUAGGGUUUCAGCAGCUAUUCCAACCAUAAAUGCCAAAAAAUAUUCCAGAGCCCUUAGGAAUUUAUCAGUCUUUGGGAGGUGGGCCCCAUUUCACAAGGCUCCCCCAACUCUGCAGAGGGAUAAAACCACGAAAAGCCUAAAAUACAUUCCAUUAUAUGUGGAAACUUGCUGGAAAAGUGGUAUAUAAAUUGUGUAAAUAAAGUUAACUUGUUUAUUUUAUUUUAUUUUAUUUUAUUUUGUAAUUUAUAUUCUAGACCUUUAUAUCUCCAGGCAGUGCAAUUUAAAAUAAUGAUGACAAAGCAUAUAAACUAAUAUAGGAAACUGGAACAAUGUAAGCAUUUUGGUGGGACAAAAUUUUGGAGCUGGCUUGGAGGAAUUAAAACCCUCAACCUUCUUGGCUGAGACUAGCUAUUAACCCAGUUAUUGAUAUUGUUGUCUGCUUGUGUUUAUGUAUGUUAAUUUAAGCAUUUAUAUCCUACCCUCUUGAUGGAAAAGACCAUUUAGGACAGCUUAUAACAUUUAAAAUUGCAUUUUCAUAAAAACAGUAAGGAAGAGAGGAACAGCAGUUAAAACCAAACACAAAUACAUUAUCUGCCACGUACAAUGAACUGGAGAAAGUACUUUUUAGUGUGUUAGCUAAUAUGCAGCAGAUUUAGCAAAUAAUUUUGGUAGUUCACAAUAAUAUUGUGCAAAAGAAUUCCUAGAAUUUUUAGGGUUAUGUAGAUUUUGUACUUGUCAAAUAACCACGAAGAAAAUCUGAAUUCUGCAAAGUUUGUAAGUAUGCAUGUUAAGGAUAUCACUCUCAGUGAAGGAGAGCGUCCUAUAUUGAGGCAAUGCACAUUCAAUUUUCCUUCUGGGGAAAGAGUGCCACUUUAGUUACUGUGCUGUCCUCACUCUGAGAGAAAGCUCUUCGUAAGCUCUGAAAGCUGUAUUCUGAACUCUCUAUCAGUUUCUACACUUGCAUGUUGGAAUCACAUUGUAUAUGCAGCCAGGUUGUAAGUUUUAAACACAUUUAGCUAAAUUUCAUGAUCUCAAAUUCAACUGUCUGGAUUUAUGUCUUAGCAUUUAUUUCUCCCGAGCACCAUCAACUGACUCUUAACGCUUCUUUGGCUUCCCCUCUCAAUUCCCAUUUCCUCGUUACCUUGGCUCAGAACCAGAUCCUAUCGUGGUCCACUGAUAGUUCACUGGAUAUUGUUCUGUGCUGUUGGCAGAGACUCUGAAGCACUGCUAAAUCUACAAGGGGAUUUAUUGCAGAACCACAGAGCUGUCAUCUUCAGCAGACAGGACCCUCUUGGAACUUUUCUCUCUUCCAGUUUCUAAUAACAAUAAUGAUGAAUUGAAUCCAAGAAUUGGUUUUUCCUGCUCCAUUCUAAGUACCGUAUUUUUUGCUCUAUAAGACUCACUUUUUCCCUCCUAAAAAGUAAGGGGAAAUAUGUGUGCGUCUUAUGGAGCAAAUGCAGGCUGCACAGCUAUCCCAGAAGCCAGAACAGCAAGAGGGAUUGCUGCUUUCACUGCGCAGCGAUCCCUCUUGCUGUUCUGGCUUCUGAGAUUCAGAAUAUUUUUUUUCUUGUUUUCCUCCAAAAACUAGGUGCGUCUUGUGGUCUGGUGCGUCUUAUCAAGCGAAAAAUACGGUACUCUUAGACAGCCUAUCCACUAGGAAGCACCCAUGUCAGAAUAGGAAACAUUUCACUCACUGAGUAAUUGACAGAUGUUCCACUGAAAUGUCAUAAAUGCUUUUUCUUUUUAGGACAAUUUUCCUUUUGCUUAUAGUAGAGCCUAGUCGAUAACAGUGGGCCACGCACACUCAUACUUGCAGGGGUCUUCUGUCACACAAAAAGGAGUUUGUUAAAUGAGAAUGCAAGAAAGUUUGGGCAGGAUUCACCUAACACACCCCAUCAGAGGAAGCCCUGUGCCGGGACUUGCACUUGCAAAAUGGGGCUUUCCCCUCUCUCAUGCCCCCUGACUGGCUCUGGGGAGGUUGGGAGAAGCCUUAGAACAGUGUGGGGGGCAGGGAGGGGAGUUGUUGUAUCUGGCAAGCUGCAGUGCUUGCACAAACAGUAUUUGGAAGAAUGUGACAUUGAAUCCCACCUUUUAUUAAUUCUCCUUUAGAUUUCAGACAGUCAAGGAGACGAGAGAUCAGAGUCUCCUUAUGAAAGUGCAGACGAAGGUCUUGCAGAAGCCUCUCUGUCGUACAAAAAGUCUGAUCGUGGAGGAGCAACAAGGAAAGAAUACGUUUGCCAGGUAAGGGAGACAUCUUGUUUGGGUAGGCGACAGGUUGCAGUUUUAUGUACAGUCGUACCUUGGAAGUCAAACAGCUUAGUUCCUGAAUGUUUUUCCUCCUGAACGUCGCAAACCCAGAAAUGACUGUUCCAGUUUGCAAACUAUUUUUGGAAGCCAAACGUCCGACGCGGCUUCCGUGGCUUCCUGCAGCCAAUCAGAAGCCGUACUUUGGUUUCUGUUUCACUUCUGAGGUACGACUGUACUCUGAAGUGAUCUCUUAUGCACUGCACUGUAGGCAUAAAUAGAAUUGGGCAAGAUUUUAAUUGCUCUCACCAAAGGAUCAAAAAGGUUGUUAAUGAGUGGAGAGAGGAGGGUUUUCCUGUUCCUUUGCUCAUACAUACAGGAAUGAAAUUGUGGAAUAGAAAUGUGGUUUUAAAUAUGUCAUAAAACUGAGAAGGACAGAAACAGUUCAUCAGUAUCCUGUACCCUUUUUCAACUCUUAACUUUUUUUCUUCUCAUAGCUCUGUGAAAAGCCUGGAGACUUGCUGCUCUGUGAAGGACGGUGUUUUGGUGCUUUUCAUGCAAGAUGCACCGGGUUCUCUGGAAAGGCCUCGGAACACUUUAUUUGCAGCGAAUGCUCUUCAGGCAAGUCUUCGCUCAUGCAUGCCAGCAAUAUUUGCAUAUUUCGUUUGAAGAAAUUAUUAUCUUUUAAUGCCAUGCUUACCUGAAGGAUAAGAUUUCCGUUAUCAAGUUCACUCUAAGUUGUUUUUUCCCCCUCCUGCAGAAAACCUUUCUUAUUUGGGAUUGGUAAGGCUUUCCUCUGGUUUUCUUUGUUAGUGAUCUGAAGGAGCUUUGCCUUCUCUUGCAAGUUUAGGACUUGGUUGAAUUGCAUGGGUAAUCAGGAACAAGUUGCUCAGUAAACAUUCCUUGCGGUGUUACUUUUUUCUGCUUGUGGUGCUUCUGUGAUGGAUUGUGUGACCCUGUCCCUUGGUUCUCAAACUAAAUCCAUUCCAGAAGUCCAUUUCAGAAGUCCGUUCCAAAACCAAAGCAUUCCAAAAACAAGGCGCAUUUUCCCAUAGAAAUGAAUGCAAAAUGAAUUCAUCCGUUCCAGACUUUUAAAAGCAACCCCUAAAACAGCAAUUUAACAUGAAUUUUACUAUAUAACAAGACCAUUGAUCUUUAAAAUGAAAGCAGUAAACAAUGUACUGCGGUCACACAAUCAAUCAAUCAAUCAAUCUGUAGUUGAACUGGGUUCCACACAGUCACACACACACAAAAAGAGCUGCAAAAAUAAAUAGCAAAAAUGGGCAGACCUCAGUGUAACACUCAAAACAGAAGCGUAACACUCAAAAUGGAGCACGUUUGGCUUCUGAAAAACCAGAACACUUCUGGGUUUGCAGAGUUUGGGUUCCAAGUUGUUCAAGUUGAAUCCUGACAAGACAGAAGUACUGUUUUUGGGGGACAGGGGGUGGGCUGGUGUGGAGGACUCCCUGGUCCUGAAUAGGGUAACUGUGCCCCUGAAGGACCAGGUGCGCAGCCUGGGAGUCAUUUUGGACUCACAGCUGUCCAUGGAGGCGCAGGUCAAUUCUGUAUCCAGGGCAGCUGUCUACCAACUCCACCUGGUACGCAGGCUGAGACCCUACCUGCCCGCGGACUGUCUUGCCAGAGUGGUGCAUGCUCUAGUUAUCUCCCGCUUGGACUACUGCAAUGCGCUCUACGUGGGGCUACCUUUGUAGGUGACUCGGAAACUACAACUAAUCCAGAAUGCGGCAGCUAGACUGGUGACUGGGGGCAGCCGCCGAGACCACAUAACACCGGUCUUGAAAGACCUACAUUGGCUCCCAGUACGUUUCCGAGCACAAUUCAAAGUGCUGGUGUUGACCUUUAAAGCCCUAAACGGCCUCGGCCCAGUAUACCUGGAGGAGCGUCUCCACCCCCACUGUUCUGCCUGGACGCUGAGGUCCAGCGCCGAGGGCCUUCUGGCGGUUCCCUCAUUGCAAGAAGCAAAGCUACAGGGAACCAGGCAGAGGGCCUUCUCGGUAGUGGCGCCCACCCUGUGGAACGCCCUCCCAUCAGAUGUCAAAGCGAUAAACAACUACCUGACAUUCAGAAGACAUCUUAAGGCAGCCCUGUUCAGGGAAGUUUUUAAUGUGUGAUAUUUUAGUGUAUUUUUGGUUUCUAUGUAAGCCGCCCAGAGUGGCUGGGGAAACCCAGCCAGAUGGGCGGGGUACAAAUAAUAAAUUAUCAUUAUUAUCAUCAUCAUUAUUAUUAUUAUUAUUAUUAUUAUUAUUAUUAAAGUAACAAGGCAUUUGAGAACCAAGGUACCACUGUAUACAGAAGCAGUAUGUCUCUCUCUGUUGUUGCUGCGAAUCACAAGUGGAAAGUGCAUUGUUGCAGUCAUCUCCUGCUUGCGGGCUUCCCUUUGGCAUCUGGUUGGCCACUGUGAGAACAGGACAUUGGGCUAGACCAGCUUUUCAUGUCAAUCCAGCAGCAGGCCUCUUUUUACAUUUUUAGAAUAUCGCAUCUCUCUCAUUCUUUUCAGGUGUUGUGUUCCUUUCUUUAUUACGAUGCUAAACACAUUUUCAGUUUGGGAUACAAAACCUGCCUAAACCCCUGAGACAUUUUAGAUGUUCUAGAAUCUGAAUGUACUUUUGGAAAGCUAUAAUUUAAGGUAGAUGUUUGCCCUGAUCAGGGUUACGGCCCACCCAGUCUUCUCUCAUAAUGGCUUUCAUAGGGAUUGGAUACAUUUGCCUUUUGGGGGGGUGUGUCAGAAAGUGCAUGUACUUCAUGUUAUAUAUAAUAUUGGGAAUGUUUUUAUCUGUAAGAAAUUGAGCCCUGCUUGCACAUCAUGGCAGAGCAAUGAAAUGUAAGAAAACCUAAGAUACCAGGUAACUUACUGAUGUAUAAAUAGUGCAUCUGCUGAAAAAAUGGCUGAUAAAAGGUGGAAACUCUGGCUUCGCUGAUAGAGGCAUUUAGGAUCUUGGUCUUAAAUAUUCAUAGGAGAUGCAUUAGUGAAGAAGUACAUGUGAAGACUAAUCAGUCACAAUGUUGAUUAAGUGUGGUGGCGGCUUUUUAAUUUAGAAACUUCAGUUUCUGAUGUUUCAAUUAAUUACCAGUAGAAGUAAGGUGGUUUUGUAUUAGUCUUUAGAGUUUAAAAAUAUUCAACUUGUCUUUAAUUCUUUUUAUUAGGUGUUCACACAUGUUUUGUGUGUAAAGAGAAAAAGUCAGUAGUGAAACGCUGUAUUGUAUCCCACUGUGGAAAAUUCUACCACGAAGCUUGUGUGAAAAAGUUUCGCCUCACGGUGUUUGAGAACAGGGGUUUCCGAUGCCCUCUCCACAGUUGUGCGAACUGUCACGUUGCUAACCCUUCAAAUCCCAAAGUAUCCAAAGGUAUUUAUUUUCUGUUUCUUCCCCCACCUUACAUAUUUAGAGUACUGGCGCAGAGGUGAUUCACACACCAUGUUAUCCACAGCCUAGAUGCUACUGCCAUUUGUCAUGUGAACCCUCACCGAAAAGCAUGAAGAGCUUCCAUGCCAGCAGCAGAAGCUCUCAGAAAUAACUAGUACUAGGAUAAAAUUCCAUAUACAGUGGAACCUCAACACCCUAGUGGUCCCGGGCCUUAAGGAAGUUAGAUUAGCUUCAACCAGAGUCAGGGCCUUUUCAGCUCUGGCUCCGGCCUGGUGGAACGCUCUGUCUCAUGAGAUCAGGGCCCUGCGGGAUCUGAUUUCUUUCCACAGGGCCUGUAAGACAGGGUUGUUCUGCCUGGCCUUUGGCUUGGAGCCAAUUUGAUUCCCUCCCCCUCUUUCUUUUUUCUUUUUCCUUUCUCUUCCUGUGAUGAGGCUGCAUUUUAAUAUUUUAAUGUUUCAAUAUUUUAAUGUAUUUUAAUCUUGUUUUUAAGUUGUAUUCAUUCAACUUGUUUUUAUUAUUGCUUGUUAGCCGCCCUGAGCCCUUGGCUGGGGAGGGCGGGGUAUAAAUAAAAAUUGUUGUUGUUGUUGUUGUUGUUGUUGUUAUUAUUAUUACUUACGGACAUAAUCAGUUCUGGAGGUUCGUCCGUAAGUCGAUCCGGGUCGCUGGUAGAAGCGCCGUUGUGCGCAGACGCAUUCGGUGGCAGCUGCUUCUGCACGUGCGCAAAUGGCAGAAGUAUUUACUUCCAGGUUUGCUGUGGUCGCAACUUGGAUUGGGCCCAAGUAGAGGCGGUCAUAAGUAGAGGUUCUGCUGUAUUGGGAAUUUCCACAUGGCCAUUAAGAAUGAAGCCAGGAUGUGGAGAAGUCCUGUUUUGUCGAAUGAAUUUCAUCGGAAUGAGUUCUUCGCUAUAAAACAGAAGCUGAGUGCCCAAUCUUCCCCUACACACAGAGGGGAACCCAGAGGCGUCUCAUGCUCGUCGCUGCUCAUUGUACUAGCACCCCAUGGUUUGGGAGGGUUGUCAGAACUGAACCAUUAUAUUUGUAGUCGUUUAGUCGUGUCCGACUCUUCAUGACCCCCUGGACCAGAGCAUGCCAGGCACUCCUGUCUUCCACUGCCUCCCGCAGUUUGGUCAAACUCAUGCUGGUAGCUUCAAGAACACUGUCCAACCAUCUCGUCCUCUGUCAUCCCCUUCUCCUUGUGCCCUCCAUCUUUCCCAACAUCAGGGUCUUUUCCAGGGAGUCUUCUCUUCUCAUGAGGUGGCCAAAGUAUUGGAGCCUCAGCUUCAGGACCUGUCCUUCCAGUGAGCACUCAGGGCUGAUUUCCUUCAGAAUGGAUCGGUUUGAUCUUCUUGCAGUCCAUGGGACUCUCAAGAGUCUCCUCCAGCACCAUAAUUCAAAAGCAGCCAUUCUUCGGCGAUCAGCCUUCUUUAUGGUCCAGCUCUCACUUCCCAUUGAUUCCCCAAUGUUUUCAGUCAAUCUUCUUAAAGGGGUGAUGCACAUGUUUAUUUUAUUUUAUUCAUUUUAUUUCAUUUUAUUUUUGUUUCUGCCAGGCAAAAUGGUGCGUUGCAUCCGCUGCCCUGUGGCUUAUCAUGCUGGAGACGGUUGCGUUGCCGCAGGGUGCUCAGUGAUCACUUCCAGCAGCAUAGUUUGCACCAACCACUUCAUUGCCACUAAAGGGAAGAGCCAUCACGCGCAUGUCAAUGUAAGCUGGUGCUUUGUAUGCUCGAAAGGUAAAUAAAUGGAGUGUCUUUAUUUUUUUUCUUAUAAAAGUAACGGGCGUUUAAAUUUCACAGUUUUGAAAAGAUGAUUAUAUUGAAGCUAUUACUGCAGUAAGUUUUCUUUCCUUAAAGUUCGCUUAUUCUAUUUAAAGAACUUGCUUUGCCAUUCCAAAACGUGUGUGUUGUGAGGGUGCGUGCGGGGAGACCGCACCCCCAUCGUUCAGCCCAGUGGCACUGAAAUCCAGCGCCGAGGGCCUUCUGGCGGUUCCCUCAUUGUGAGAAGUGAGGUUACAGGGAACCAGCCAGAGGGCCUUCUCGGUAGUGGCGCCCACCCUGUGGAACGCCCUCCCAGCUGAUGCCAAGGCAAUAAACAACUAUUUUACUUUUAAAAGACAUCUGAAGGCAGCCCUGUUUUGGGAAGUUUUUAAUAUUUAACGUUGUAUUGUUUCUAAUAUUCAAUUGGGAGCCUCCCAGAGUGGCUGGGGAAACUCAGCCAGAUGGGCGGGGUAUAAAUAAUAAAUUAUUAUUAUUAAACCCAGGAAUUUGCAUGUUCCUGCAUUGCAGGGGGUUGGUCGCCCUAGGUCAGGCAUCCUGGUAGAUGGCGGGACCCUUUAUCGAUCGUGGGAUUAAAUAAAGUUUACCAAAAGUUAACAAAUAAAAGCUGAAGAACUCUGGGCAAUCCUACCCCCAAAGAAGCUCAACAACUCUGGGUUCAACAACUCUGGGAAAUCCACCCACCCCACAGACGCUCCUCCUCCCUCCAGUGACAAUGUGUAGAUCACUGCCAGUUUUUUUAUUCUGACAGUAGAUCGCAGUCUCUUGGGAGUUGGACGUGCCUGCACAAGGUGAAACCUGGGGUCUCUUCCAACUCUACAAUUCUAUGUCUAAAUGUAUCGGUGUGUGGAGCACUUGCAGUAAGGCAUGCAGACACAUGUCCUUUUAUUACAGUUUUAUUGAGGUUAGAGAGGGCAUAAUAUAUCCUCUUAGAAUAUGGUUUUGUCCUCAGUCUUUGCCAUAGAUUCUAUAGAGUCCCUCCUCAGUACUGGACAGUUAAGAAAACACCUGCCCGUUGUCAUGUGCCUGGUUUUAUGCCUGUAUGGGUGACUGUCUUAGAACCGCAUCUAAGCUACAUUGAGAUAUAAGUCUCUCUCAGGUGUCUUAUAAUCGUUAGUUUUAGCUCAUCAUUUUUACGUAAUUUCUUUCACCGAGGUUGUGAAUUUGUACAAAAACCCUUCGCGUUCUGUCAUUGGUUGGUUGACCAUAGUAAACGCAUGGUUAAAAAUGCAAGCAACAAGGUUUGAGGAUUGUAAUUAUUAUUAUUAUUAUUAUUAAUAACAAUACCCCACCCAUCUGGCUGAGUUUCCCCAGCCACUCUGGGUGGCUCCCAACAGAGUAAUAAUAAUAAUAAUACAGCGAUCAAACGUUAAAAACAUGUAUUGGUGACAAAUACACAAAGGUUUGUGGAACCUGCCUCUUUCCACAGACAAAAAUGCAUUCGUAAGAAAUAAAACCAUUGCUGUGACUAGCCAGUUUUAUUGGUAGCUCUUGCCUGCCUGCCACUGCCAUGUGGCCCUUAGAAGGUUCCCCAUGAAGAGAUGUGCCCCCCCAGGCUAGAAAAGGUGCUCCACCACCCCCACCCCCGAAUUAGAAGUGCAACCUGUUCCAAACAAAGUUGCAUUACCCCUGAAGGAUCACGUUCACCGUUCGGAGGCAUCUGGGAGGCCAGGCGUUCAGGCAGAUCACUGCGUGUUGUCCCAAGCUCCCUUUCUCCUCCCGUUAGGUGACUUGUGCUGCCGACCAUUCAGCAAGUACAUUGCUAUUUAAAUGUGGAUUUCUUUUCUUGCAGGGGGAAGCCUUUUAUGUUGUGAAUCUUGCCCUGCAGCAUUUCACCCAGAUUGUUUAAACAUUGAAAUGCCGGAUGGAAGCUGGUACUGCAACGACUGCAAAGCAGGAAAGAAAAUCCAUUUUCAGGAUAUUAUUUGGGUCAAACUGGGAAACUACAGGUUUGGACUUCUAAAAAUAGAAUGACUAUUUGAAGUGGCCUUUAUUUUUAUUAAUGCAUGCUUGUAUCCCAACCUUUCCUUGAGCAGGGGGAAUUCCUGUACAAGCCCAUUCAUGACGGGGCUGAGAUUCAGCAACCUUUUAUUGGUUUUCUUCAGAGAGAACAAGGUUCUCAAAUUCUCCCUUCUUCUUUUGGGCUAGGUGGUGGCCUGCAGAAGUCUGCCAUCCAAAAAACGUCCCUCCAAAUAUCCAGAAAAUGAAGCAUGAGAUUGGAGAGUUUCCUGUGUUUUUUUUUGGCUCUAAAGACUAUUACUGGACGCAUCAGGCUCGCGUGUUUCCCUAUAUGGAAGGAGACAGGGGAAGUCGGUACCAGGGAAUUAAAGGAAUUGGAAAAGUCUUCAAAAAUGGUAUGGCUAUUUAAUCAUUUAGCUAAAAACAGAGUACAGUCCUACCUUGGUUCUCGAACGAAAUUCGUUCCGGAAGCCCGUCCAGGUUCCAAAACGUUUGAAAACCGAGGCGCGGCUUCUCAUUGGUUGCAAGAGCUUCUUGCACUCAGAGGAAGCCGUGUCACAUGUUUGGGUUCCGAAAAACGUUCAAAAACGGAAGCAUUUACUUCUGGCUUUUCGGCGUUCGAGAACCGAAACAUACGACAACAGAGGUGUUCGGGAACCGAGGUUCUACUGCACCAUAGGUUCUAGCUACCUGGGUGCCGAAGCACCCACAAAAUUCCCCAUGAAGGGGCCAGGUACCCACAAAUUUCUGUGCCAGGGUCAUGCACCAUGAUUGCAGAGCCAAGAUGGCACUCCUGCAGAGUACUGUAAUACAAUGUGAUAGUUGUUGUUGUUGUUUAGUCGUUUAGUUGUGUCUGACUCUUUGUGACCCCAUGGACCAGAGCACGCCAGGCCCUCCUGUCUUCCACUGCCUCCCGCGGUUUAGUCAAACUCAUGCUGGUAGCUUCGAGAACACUAUCCAACCUUCUCGUCCUCUGUCGUCCCCUUCUCCUUGUGCCCUCCAUCUUUCCCAGCAUCAGGGUCUUUUCCAGGGAGUCUUCUCUUCUCAUGAGGUGGCCAAAGUAUUGGAGCCUCAGCUUCACGAUCUGUCCUUCCAGUGAGCACUUAGGGCUGAUUUCCUUCAGAAUGGAUAGGUUUGAUCAUCUUGCUGUCCAUGGGACUCUCAAGAGUCUCCUCCAGCACCAUAAUUCAAAAGCAUCAAUUCUUUGGCGAUCAGCCUUCUUUAUGGUCCAGCUCUCACUUCCAUAUAUCACUACUGGGAAAACCAUAGCUUUAAUUGUACGGGCCUUUGUUGGCAAGGUGAUGUCUCUGCUUUUUAAGAUGCCGUCUAGUGAUAGUACCAUUUUUAAAAUAAAACACCAUUGCACUUCAGCCACAAACCACAAUGCUAUAAAUGGACUGAGGCUGCAUUGGUCAGCUUUCAACUCUCUUUGCUUCUGCUUGCAGUGCAUUUGAAGAAGCUUGUUAACUUGCUUUUCACCCAAGGAAAUGGGUAUAUUUAUUUUAGAAAUGGUAUUAACAGAGGUUAUUAAAAAAAAACAAAAACGUAACUGCAACUGUGGCCUUCAGCAGAUCCAGCAGCGAAGAAACAAGAAUGAGCAGAGAUGAUCGGAAGAUGCUUUGAAACACUAUAUUCCCCAGAAACCACUGGGUCAAAUCUUCUUUAGUGUCACACAGUGGCUAGGUGACCUUAGUCCAGCCACUCUAUUUUCAAGCCUCUGUAUCUGUACUAUAGUGAUUACUCACCUGCUUUACAAGCUUGUAAGGGUUACUGAGAUAAUGCAUGUAAUGCAAUUUGAAUAACUGAAAGCACUGUAAACACUAAGGAUGCCAGAAAUUGUCUGAAGGUGAAGGUCCCUACUGCCAGACUAAUAUCUUGUCUUUCAAGCAGCUAAAUGAUGUGUUUAUGGUCACUGUAUGGGGAAGUCUCUCACUGUGGUUCAUUUGUAUGUUCUGUUUACUCAUUUCAAGUAUUAGAUUUUACUAUUACGUUGUAUGUUUUUAGGCUGCAUUGUUAACUGCUGUAGGAACUCUUGAAGGUGUGGUGGGAUAAUGGGCAAAUACAUAAAUAUAUUACAUAAAAGAGUCUUGGGCAUUGAUUUUCCACGUCCUAAAAGUCCUCAUAGUGGAGCUUCUUUAAUUUGAAACCUGGCAUUUAACAUUGAUGUCAACCCCAAAGAUAAUAUGAAGUGCUGCUGGAUCAAACAAUUGAGGUACAAGUAUCCAAGCACUUCCCUCAAAUCCUGUGAGUGGGCAUGUUCAUAAUCUCUGCCUGCGCAUUAUACGUUAGAGGGUAGGGUAUGUUCAUGUGGAUAAAAUAUUUGUUCCUACAAUUCAUGCAAAUAGUUUAUUUUUAAAGCUUUGCAAGAAGCUGAAGCCCGCUUCCGAGAGAUAAAGUUCCAACGGGAAGCCAAAGAAACGCAGGAAAAUGAGCGCAAACCUCCCCCUUACAAACACAUCAAGGUAAGGUGCUUAAGGGCAGGUGCUGUUCAUUUGAUCCGCCCUGGAAGCUUAGUUCACCUGUUCUUUAGGACAGGAUCCUAACAUGCAGCCUAUUGCUGUGUCCCAAGACCUUUUGAACUGGGACCAAUGGAUGUUCGCCUGAGAAACAUUUUUCAAGCCCUUGUUCACAGUUGACCUGAAUAUGGCACUUUGAAGAGCUUUGCAUCAGUCAUAAGGCUGAAGAAAUAAAAGGCAGUUCUUCGGUUCCCUUACCCGUCUAGUUUGGGAUGACAACAAGUUCAUAGAUAAAUCAAGGGUUUUAAUUUCAUUGGAAUAUUAGAGAAGAAUAUAUAAACCUGUUGGUAAUUAAAAUCCAUAUUUGAACGGAGGUAGAACAAACCAAAUCCUUACCCAAAACAAUAUUGUUCUUGAGGAAUGGAUGUGAUUUUUAUAUGACUAGUUAAUCUGUGAGUUUUAGGGUUGUUUACAGACCCAACUGAGGGCUCUUAAUCUGUCCCUCACCUGGGGCAAGGCCUCACCUUGCCCUGAAUCAGUUUGUGUCUGAGGGAUGCUAAUGCUUAAUUAUGGUUUAUUUGGUCCAUCUUGAUUCAACAUGCUAUCUGGCAUCCAAAUGUAGGCAAAGAUUGCUGCCUGUCCCUCAGGAACCAUUUUCCUGAGUUGGGUGACAUUAACUUCAGAAGCAUCCACGCUGGUUCUGGUUGUAACUGUCACACCAAAUUUGACAAAGUCACAUCAAACUGGGUGGAAAUAUCUUCAGCGGCAUACAAAUCAGCACAGUUUGGACAUUUAAAGCGAAGCCACGCCAAAGUCAUGUUUCAGUCGGCCAUCUUGAUUCAAAAUGGCACCAAAGAUAAAGACUGCUGGUUCUCCCUCAAGGAUCCUUGUGCUGAGCCAAGGGACAAUAUUUUCACAGGCAUUUGAAUUGGUGUGUGUUGGAACUGUCAAGCCAAACUGGGAGACGGUAUCGUCAGAGCUGGCCAAAUUGGUGCAGGUUGGGUUCAUUAUGCCAGAUUUGGCAGUGUACUGCCAAAAGGGGGCUAUGAUAUCUUCAGAGGCAUCCGGGCUGGCACCGUUUGAAUCAGGCAAAGUCACAUUUCAGACCUACAGGUUAAUUUGAACUGGUAGUCAGCACCCCAACACCACUAAAAAGUGCUUCUCCCACCUCAGGAACACUCCUGCCAAGUUUGGAAUUUAAACACCUUAGUCCUGUCACACCAAAAAUCAGGUAAAGUCAUAUUUCAGAGCGCCAUCUUGAUUGAUGAUUGCCUGAAAUGGAAUUGACUGCCGCUUCCGAGAUUAGUUGGGGUGUGUGUGUGUGUUAAUUUUAGAGAUUAAACGAGUUGGAAUAUAGAUUGCCUUUUUGAGAAAUAAUAGCCAAUAACUGCUUCGUUGUUGUUGUUUUUUAAUAUGUUAUUCAGGUAAAUAAGCCUUUUGGAAAAGUUCAGAUUUACACUGCUGACAUUUCUGAGAUUCCCAAAUGCAAUUGCAAACCCUCUGAUGAGAACCCCUGUGGUUUAGAUUCAGAGUGUCUAAAUCGGAUGCUAAUGUAUGAAUGCCACCCACAAGUAUGUCCGGCCGGAGAGCGCUGCCAAAACCAGUGUUUUACUAAGCGCCAGUAUCCUGAAACGAAGAUCAUCAAGACUGAUGGCAAAGGAUGGGGCUUGGUUGCAAAGAGAGACAUUAAAAAGGUAGGCGUUAAAUGAGCUGGGUCCAUUCAUGGGAGCAUCUUGUGAUGCUUCGCUUUGGAACAAGAAGAAUUCUUCCCUGUGCACGUAGCAUUGGGUUCUCUAUUUUGCUUCCCUCUAGGGCCACCUUCCCAAACUAGUGUCCCUCAGAUAUCUUGGACUCCAUCAUCCAUGGGUUGACUUGAGUUGUGAUACAGAACAUCUAGGGGACACGAGGUCUAGAAAGGAUUAUCUAAGAGCAUCAGUGGUUGCCAUAGGCCUCAAAAUGGGCUUUUUCUGUGGUAACUCCCUGUUUAUGGAAUGCUCUCCCCAGGGAGGUUCAUCUGGUGCCAUUAAACACCUUUAGGAGCCAGGUGAAAACAUUCCUCUUCAACCAGGCCUGUGACUGGUUUUUAAUGUGUUUGGGGCAGGGGAGUUAAUUGGUUUGGUUUGUUCUUGUUUUUUUCUUAUGUAUUGUGUUUGUAUCUUGUAUUUUUUAUAAAUCAAUAAAAUGAAAUAUAUGGGAGCAAAGAUGGGGUAAGGAAAGAGAAUGGGGGAUAAAAAGGGAGAUGAGAUGGAAUAGACAAGGUAUGGAUAAGACUUAUUAGAUUUAUUUAUUUUUUAAUCUCCCUUCUUCAAAAAGACCAUACAUGAUUUUGUUCUUUUCUGUUAAGUUUUAUGCUGUACUUUACAUUUAGGUUUUGUACGAUUCUUAUUUUGAUACGUUAUUAUAUAUUAUUGGAUGGCACGCUGUUAAUAAAUAAGUCGUACCUCUAGAUACGAACGGCAUCCGUUCUGGAGCCCCGUUCGCAUCUAGAAGCAAACAUAGCUAGCGACGGCACAUCUGCGCGCACGCACGGCACUUUUCGUCACUUCUGCGCAUGCGCGUGAUGUCAUUUUGAGCGUCUGCGCAAGCGGCAAAACCUGGAAGUAACACGCUCCAUUACUUACGUGUUGCUGCGGAGCGCAACUCGAACGCGCUCAACUCGAGGCAUAUUCAACCCGAGGUAUGACUGUAAUAAAUAAAAUUAUCUAUUCCUCAGGGUGAGUUUGUGAAUGAGUACGUUGGUGAGUUAAUUGAUGAAGAGGAAUGCAUGGCAAGAAUCAAGUUUGCUCAGGAAAACGAUAUCACCCACUUUUAUAUGCUUACUAUUGAUAAGGUAUAGUAUUUUAAAAUGAUUUGAAUCUCAUGGUUGACCUAGAUAAAAGAAAAAACACAACUACCAUAAACCAUUGUGAUCAGUGGCAGCUUGGCCAUUUGUCAGAAGCUGCCUCGGGGUGCUUCUGAAACAGGAGUUUGUUGUGGAAUUGGUGCUGCUCUUGUAUACAAGCUAUUCUCAAGGGUUUUUUUUCCUUAUUUUUCUUAUGUAUUUUGUGUUUUUUUAGUAUUGCAAUUUUAUGUUUUUUAAAAAAUACUGAAUUUCCAUUUUAACACUCCAAUAAAAACCACAUUAAAACAUUCCAAAUUAUAAUACAGUUUUAAAAAGCCAAAUAUCAAUGCCAAAUCAUAUGACUUUUGGGUGUUAUCCCAUGCUCUGAAGUUCGGGGAACUCCUGUGGAAUUUUAUGUUGUUAACUGCCCUGAGAUCUAUGGACGCAAGGCAGUAUGCUACAGUGGUGCCUCUGGUUACAAACUUACCGUAUUUUUCGUCCUAUAGGGCACACCGGCCCAUAGGACGCACCUCUUUUUUUGGGGGGGGGAUGAAUAAAAAAAAAUAUCCCCCCCCCCGGCUGCCGCCCCAAGCCUUGCGCACACCUGCCCGAAGCACGGGGCACCCUCAGGAGGGCUCCACGUGUUUCGGGCUGCAGGCUGCCGCCCCAAGCCUCACGCGCCCGGCGGGACCUCCUGCCGGGCGCUCAAGGCUUGCGGACACUCGCCGGGGCUGCAGGCUGCUGCCCGCAAACCUUGUGAGCCCGCGGGAACUCCCGCCGGGCUUGCAAGGCUUGUGGAUAGCUUCAGUGAAAGCCUGCAUUCACCCCAUAGGACGCACACACAUUUCCCCUUCAUUUUUGGAGGGGAAAAAGUGCGUCCUAUGGGGCGAAAAAUACGGUAAUUCGUUCCGGAGGUCCGUUCUUAACCUGAAACUGUUCUUAACCUGACGUACCACUUUAGCUAAUGGGGCCUCCCGCUGCCGCACAAUUUCUGUUCUCAUCCUGAGGUCAAAUUCUUAACCUGAGGUACUAUUUCCAGGUUAGCGGAGUCAGUAACCCGAGGUACCACUGUACUAAUACUAAUACUUCUCUUUGGCCGUCAUCUGAGCAGAACCUGAUGUUAUGUGACUCCUAGCCCAAAUGAUAUGAGUGUGUCUAUUGCAGCCAGUUGCUUCAGGCUCCCUUGUCCAGAGCACCGCUGAAGUAGCAGCUUACAUGAGGGUGUCAAGCUGUUUUGUAGGGGUGCCUGCCUCUUAGGCUACAGCAGGGGUCAGCCAACUUUCAGCAGGGGGCCGGUCCACUGUCCCUCAGACCUUGUGGGGGGGCCGGACUAUAUUGAGGGGUGCGGGUGAACGAAUUCCUAUGCCCCACAGAUAACCCAGAGAUGCAUUUUAAACAAAAGCACACAUUCUACUCGUGUAAAAACACGCCUAUUCCUGGAUCGUCCGUGGGCCGGAUUGAGAAGGUGAUUGGGCCAGAUCCAGACCCGGGCCUUAGUUUGCCUACCCAUGCACUACAGCAAAGCAGCAUCUAAGCCACCUAGCAAAGGAGACUUUAAAUGUCUACAGAGUAGAUCUUCUAAUAUCCCCAAUAUUCUAGUAUUUCCUUUAAUACAUGUGAACUAACACACGCUAUCAUUAUAAUUCUUCCUGCCAAAUUCUCCAGACCCUCCAUCCCCAAGCAAAGCAAUAGGUUGGCUGCAUUUUCAUCUCCUGCUCUGUAUCAUUUUGAAUGUUGUAGCUUACAGGAUUCAAAAACUAUUAGUAUACUGUUUUUACAUUUAUCAUUUAAGAAUCUAAUAUUGAGUAAAGCUAUGCCAAUUUUAGGGAUGCGGGUGGCGCUGUGGGUUAAACCACAGAGCCUAGAACUUGCCGAUCAGAAGGUCGGCGGUUCGAAUCCCCACAACGGGAUGAGCUCCCGUUGCUCAGUCCCUGCUCCUGCCAACCUAGCAGUUCGAAAGCACGUCAAAGUGCAAGUAGAUAAAUAGGUACCGCUCUGGCGGGAAGGUAAACGGCGUUUCCAUGCGCUGCUCUGGUUCGCCAGAAGCAGCUUAGUCAUGCUGGCCACACGACCCGGAAGCUGUACGCCGGCUCCCUUGGCCAGUAAAGCGAGAUGAGCGCCGCAACCCCAGAGUCGGCCACGUCUGGACCUAAUGCUCAGGGGUCCCUUUACCCUUUACCUUUUAUGCCGAUUUUAGUUAUCUGAAAGAUACACAAAUCAAGACUUCUUUUGAAAGAUGCUUCCAGUGGUGCUGUUCCUGUCUCUUUUUAUAAUCUGGGAAGAUUCAGCAAAUGUAGUGCAGUUACAACUAGGGAUACGUUGGGAGUUUGCCGGCCUGUUUUAGCAUUGUGUUGGCGUGAAGAGCUACAAGUUCAACUCAACAUGUAUGAUUAGCUCUGCCGGAGCAACGCUUGCUUUGCCGUUAAACCAAAUCCCGUCUGGUUCUAUUCCCGACUUUUAGGACCGCAUAAUUGACGCCGGACCCAAAGGAAAUUAUUCCCGGUUUAUGAACCACAGCUGCCAACCAAAUUGUGAGACUCUGAAAUGGACUGUACAUGGCGACACUCGUGUAGGACUGUUUGCUGUGUGUAGUAUCCCGGCAGGUACAUACGAACGUUAGGACGGCAGAAUCAUUUUCCGCAGCUCAGAGCCUUGUGUAAAAAGUGUACUCUGUAGUGUUCACAGGCUUCUUAAUUUACUCCAGUGCCGGGACCAGUUCCGCAUGUGUGGUGGACCUGCCUCGGUCACCAGAAGUGCUCAGGGGAUCCUUCUUCCCACAGCAGAUCAAGCUUUGCUUUGGAACCGACGUAAAUCACUUGCAUGCCUUUUGAUCUCCCCUCUCUCUCUGAAUAGAACUUUUACAGCAUACAAAAUAUUUCCUUUGAAAUCAGUCAGUGUUUCCCAGAAAGCGAGAUAAAAAACUAAGAUCUUUUUAGCUGUACGAUCACAACUUUCCUAAAAUGUAAGGAUGUGAAACUUGAAAAUGUAAACAUCAAUACGAUAUGGCACUGGGUCAUGAACAGAAGAAACAGGCAAGAGAAGAAAGAAUAGGUUGAAAUACAAUGUUAAAAUCCUAAUAACCAUUGCAUGGUUGUUCUUGCUUUUGUUUAUCUUCAGUUCCCCUUUCCAUCUCUUAUACUGUAGUUGCUCCUAUAUUGCCAUGGGAGGGGGGUUUCCAGGGGAAAGGGGUGAAGUUGCAGUGAAAAAUCUAUUUUGUUUUUUCUUACUCAGGGACAGAAUUGACUUUUAAUUACAAUCUUGACUGUCUGGGCAAUGAAAAAACAGUGUGUAAAUGCGGUGCUCCAAACUGUAGUGGCUUUCUUGGAGACAGACCAAAGGUAUGUAUUAUUAUUUGUUAUUACUUUGUUUUGUUGUUGUUAAAUACCGUAUUUUUCGUUCUAUAAGACGCACCAGACCACAAGACGCACCUAGUUUUUGGAGGAGGAAAACAAGGGGAAAAAAUAUUCUGAAAUAUUGUGAAAGCAGCAAUCCCUCUUGCUGUUCUGGCUUCUGGUAUAGCUGCGCAGCCUGCAUUCGCUCCAUAAGACGCACACACAUUUCCCCUUACUUUUUAGGAGGGAAAAAGUGAGUCUUAUUGAGCAAAAAAUACGGUAUAGAUGAUACCUAACACCAUGGAAGCUGGCACAGAUACACCCAGAAACUUCAUCUAAAUGCUGGAGAGAUUGAAACGCAAUAGGCACAUAACGUACCUCCACAUGUGGGAAUGGCCCCAAAUCCAAUCCUUCUGGAUAUUGGUGCUGCAGGAAAUUUCCAAAAUAACAAAACAGACAAUAGGGAAAAAGUGAGUCUUAUAGAACAAAAAAUACGGUAUAUACGCUGCCCUUCAUACGAAGAUCACAGGGCAGUUUACAACAUGCACAGUGAAUAAAGAAUACAAUGCAUUCAUGUUUUCACUUAAGUUUCCAUUUCACCCACCCCAAGUUCUUAGGGUGACAUAUAUGAUAUGUGGAAAUUGGUGCUCAGUUACGGCCAGCACUCCCUACCCGAGUUCUUCUUAAGAAGCUAGGUUCCCUGGUCAGUGAAAAUAAGAGAGGGGCCAACCAGGCAAAACCCAAAGCAAAGCAGGCUGUUAAGCCUUUUAUCGUUUAUUUGUCACAACAAAGAUUUGACCUCUCUAAAGGCAACAAGAAAGAAGAAGAAGAAAGAGUUUGGAUUUGAUAUCCCGCCUUUCACUCCCUUUAAGGAGUCUCAAAGCGGCUAAUAUUCUCCUUUCCCUUCCUCCCCCACAACAAACACUCUGUGAGGUGAGUGGGGCUGAGAGACUUCAAAGAAGUAUGACUGGCCCAAGGUCACCCAGCAGCUGCAUGUGGAGGAGCGGAGACGCGAACCCGGUUCCCCAGAUUACAAGACUACCGCUCUUAACCACUACACCACGCUGGCUCUCUUGAGAAACCCAAGACAGGCUGUUCUGUCUGUUAAAGGUUUACACUUGGUGUGAAACAGCAAGAGGUCCCGCCCACGAAAAUGGGUAAUCGAAGAUACGCCACCAAAUUAGGACGGUUUACUGUGGGUCAGGGAGGUCCAAUUAUAAUGUGUCAAUCAAAGCAUCUGGAAUUGGCAAGUCUUGGACCUUUUCAGACAGAAUUUACAUCUGGUGACAUUACAUACAGGCGACAUUUAGCGCAGUCGACAUGAUUGGUACGUACUAGACAGCAGAUAGUUUGGGCAAACAUAGCCAUACACCGUCGAAGGGACUCCGCCCAAAUGCUUCUCCUGGAAGCUGCAGCCUGCAAUGACUCGUUCUCAGGGUGGAUUUGAUUUAAAUCACUAGUUAAUAAGACUUGGUUUAAAUUUUUACUUUUUUUACAGAAAGAUUCAUUCUUGCUGGAAUAAUCUUAAUAUUUACAACCAGAGGAAGGUUUCAUUUUUGGAAGAAUAAAUUUUCAGAGUAGUUUUUACAGUUAUAUCAAAAAUUGCUGAUUUGGUUAUACUGUUAGAAAUACAUAGACAGAUAAUUAUGAAACUAUUGUGAGGUUUAAUAAGUUAACUGUUUAUAUUUGGACAACUUUUUGCGGUACUUUAUUGGAAGGAGAAAAAUAAUCAUUUCCUUAAUAGCAAUUUAAACAAUUUAUUUAAAGCAUAAACAUAAAGCAAUAAUGUUGUAGCAUAUGUAUCCAUGUUUGUUAACUGAUGUGGUUAAACUUUUUUUGUGGGGGGGUUUUUUAAACAAAAAACUUAAGACUGAGUUUUAGCACACAUGCAAAACUUAAAACAAAUCCUUAUUUCCUGAUGAAUAGCCUCUGGACUAUAAUGUAACUUAAAUAGAAAACUUAUCUUUAGAAAUACUUUUCCUCCAAAAGCAUUUUAAAAACCUGAUUUAACUCCAUUUUUUAAAAAAAAUAAAAAUCAUUGAUUUUUAUCCACUCUGCUCUUCUUCCAUGAGUGAGCUUAUGAUAGGUGGCAGUUGUUCACGGGGUGCUUUUUCUGUCUUUUCCCUGGUAGUCUGUUUCUGCUUUCUGUGACCUUACCUGGUGGUGCUUAGAUGCUAAUUUGGGCUGGCUGAUCCCUACCAGUCCUUGGGAGGGCUAGUAUGGAAACCAGCAUUUUCUAAGUCCAAGCUGCUUAGAGAAGGUGGGAAAUCUUCAGCCCCCCUCAUGGACACCCUGCCACAUGCCAGUGGUGGGCAGGGCAAAAGGAGUGUCUCCACCCCCAUCGUUCUGCCCAGACACAGAGGUCCAGUGCCGAGGGCCUUCUGGCGGUUCCCUCGCUGCAAUAAGGCAAGUUACAGGGAACCAGGCACAGGGCCUUCUCGGUAGUGGCGCCCGCCCUGUGGAACGCCCUCCCACCAGAUGCCAAAGAGAAGAACUACCACAGACUUUUAGAAGACAUCGGAAGGCAGCCCUGUUUAGGGAAGUUUUUAAUGUUUAACAGACCACUGUAUUUUAAUACUUUGUUGGAAGCCGCCCAGGGUGGCUGGGGAGACCCAGCCAGAUGGGCGGGGUAUAAAUAAUAAAUUAUUAUUAUUAUUAAAAGGGGGCAGGCAAGCAAAAUGUAUUACCACAGUUCAAGAACGUAGCCUGUCUGGGCAAAGACACUUAAGGAGGUCGCAGAGCAGGGGUCAGGGGGGACUGGGCUGCAGAGAGCAUGAAACUCAGCAAAGAGUGGCCUGCAUUUGGACCCCUGGGCCUGAGAGUCCCCAUCCUUGGCUGAGCACUUUAUAUGCCAUCAGAUUUAGCAGUUACCUUGAAGGUCUGGUCUUGUAAAUUCAUUCCAGCCUAUUCACGGCCAAAGGCAAGCUGCCACAUUUUCCGCAAAAUUCAGAAUGCCCUGCGCUGAUCACAUUGCCACAUUUGCCCACCUCAGUCGCAGGACCCUAUCUGUAUUUAGCCUCCAGUUCAAGAAAAUAAUAUGAGCCUGCUGGACUGGACCAGUAGCCCACCUAAACGCUUAUUGGAAAACCUAGAAGCUGGACAGGAGCCCCCUGCUCACCUGAGAUGCCCAAUAGCUGCCUUUCAAAAGCAUACUACCUCCAACGUGGAUCUGGAACAGAAGCAUCAUGGCUGGUAGCUGCUAGUAGCCCUUUCCUCCAUGAAUUUGUCUAAUCCUCUUUUAAAGCCAUCCAAGUUGGUGGCCAUCACUGGCUCCCACGAGAGCACAUGCCAGUCUUCCAAUAUUUAGCUUUGCCAGAGGUCCGUGAGUUCAAGUGUUGCAAGAGACAAGAGAAAAACUUCACUGUAGCCACUUCCUCCAUGCAUUAUUUUAUAUACUUCUGCUAAGUCACUUCUUCCUCAUCUAGUUUGUCAAAUGCUGCUCAGAAAUAUAAAAUAUUUGAGAAAAGUGGCUGAACUGCUAGAGCGGUCCAGUGUUUAGCGGCUCUGGUUUGAGUCCAGCAACCUACUCCUUCUGGGGUUUCCUUUUUGCUCCAGAUCUUUGCAGGCAGGUGUUCGAGCCUUGCGAGUAUUGAUUUCUGCAAUUUCUCUUGGGAAGCUGUAACUCUGCAAUGAACUGUUUGCUGCUGCUGCUUUUUUUUAAAGAAUUCAUCCUCUAAUGCUUCGGAGGAGAAAGGAAAGAAAACCAAAAGAAGAGCAAGGAGACGCAAAACAAAGAACGAAGCAAGGAAAAAAUCUGAGGAUUACUGCUUCCGUUGUGGUGAUGGAGGCCAACUUGUAUUAUGCGACCGAAAAUCUUGUACCAAGGCUUAUCAUCUCUCAUGCCUUGAUUUGGUGAAACGCCCUUUUGGUGAGUAAAAGUGAAGGCAUGACUUUAUGGCCUGCUCCCCCUUGUCUUACUUUUGAAAAGGACAAGGGGAAGCUUAAGCAGCCUUUACUUUCACCUUCUUUUAAAACUGGCUUCUUCAACCACUACCCACCCUAGUCUGGACUUUUAUCUCAAAUUCUGGUUGGUUUGAACAAGACACCUUCAUAACAUGUCGUUUGGAGUUGCUUGUAUGGAAGCUGGCCAGAGUUUGUGAGCCAGCCAUGAACUCUGACCUGGGUAAUGCAAACAAGCUGACAACAAGGGGAACAGGGUGGUGCUGAAGUCCUUCUCCCAGGAAGAUGAAGCGGGGAGAGCAUGGGAGUCCAGGGCUCAUGCCCUGUUCAUACAUGGCUUGCAUAGGUGACCCGAAUUUCAUGCGGGUGGUAAGGGAGAUUAAAAACAGAAAAAAGGGUGGCAGAAAGAGAGGGAGAAAAUGGACCUGUGGCCCUUGGCAUACCUACCCCCCCCCAAGGGAGUGCUCCACCAUGGCACUGAAAUUGUGUGUCCAAGAUCAAGUGAAUUCCUAGAAAUCAUAGCCCAACCAUCUUUUGCCAUUGCCUUUUAGGAAGUCUGAGUAGAUAUUAUCUGCCCAUGCUUUGGUUUAACACACGUACAGUGGUACCUCGGGUUAAGUACUGAAUUCGUUCCGGAGGUCCGUUCUUAACCUGAAACUAUUCUUAACCUGAAGCACCACUUUAGCUAAGGGGGCCUCCCGCUGCUGCUGCGCUGCUGGAGCCCGAUUUCUGUUCUUAACCUGAAGCACUAUUUCUGGGUUAGCGGAGUCUGUAACCUGAAGCAUAUGUAACCUGAGGUACCACUGUAUAUGAAUGAGAGGGUGGAGGGAUCUUUAGCGACUGCCUUACAAGCUCAGAACUUGGUUCCUCAACUUUUUAAUCCGCAGUAGUACCUCGGGUUACAAACACUUCAGGUUGCAAACUCCACUAACCCGGAAAUAGUACUUUGCCCCAGGAUGAGAAUGGAAAUCACAUGCCAGCGGGAGGCCCCAUUAGCAAAAGCGCACAUCAGGUUAAGAACGGACCUCCGGAACAAAUUAAGUUCGUAACCCAAGGUAAUUGUAAUUGGCACUGCUGAGAUUAUUUGAAACAAGAAUGUUCCCUUAAUGCAGCUAUUUCUGAAUUGACUCUGUACCCUUUUUCUGCUGGCAGGAAAAUGGGAGUGCCCUUGGCACCACUGUGAUGUUUGUGGCAAGCCUUCUGUCUCCUUCUGCCACUUCUGCCCAAACUCUUUUUGCAAGAACCAUCAAGACGAGACAGUGCUUGAUUCUAACUUAACCGGACAGUUGUUCUGCUCGGAUCACAUUGGGGAGAAUUUUGCUGAAAAGAAGGCGAAGAGACCCCUUAAAAAACUGGCCGCGCUGAAGUGCAAACGAAGGCAAAGAAACAAAUGGAAGAGGAAGGAAUGUAAAUAAUGACGAACUGCAGUUCCUGCUGCCAACGCUGUCUUGUAGAUAAGUUGUGAAUAGGGUCUGGGAAGGACACGUCUUUUACAUACAUUCUGCAGGAACUGGGUUUGGGGCAGAUCAUUUUUAAUCCACUGAGCCAACUGCAGCAGUGUGUUCUGUUGCUUCUGCACUGAUCAUGAACUGUGGCAUGCAACGUUCAGCCACUUUCAGGAGAAACCAGGUUUACUCUUCAGCAAUAAUGACCACACUUGAACUGUUAGGAGUGAAAAAACCAAUUCAUUCCAGAAUUUCCUAGUUGGAGGUGUGUUAAUUUCCAACCAAUUAAGGCGUAUAUGCAUAGCUUUUUGAAAUAGUAGUCACCACCCAGCAAGUGUUUAAAUAGUGCUUAAGAAAGACAUGAUUAGCCUUUAAAGCAAAAUGUUGUGCGUAGAGCUGCCUAUAUUACCUGCAUUAAGUGAGGCAUAUGGACGUCAUACAGUUUAGAGGCACAGAGCUCAGUAUAACCAUAUGCACUGAGCUUUGUCCAGAAGGAUGUCUGGUUUGCUUUGGAUUUUAUUUUUGUUUUAUUGUAAUAUUCUGCCAAGGAACAAGAACGUGAUGGAAACAGGCAGCAUACCACAACAGAAGCUUUGAAAGAAAGAACUGUCUCCUGUUGAGUUUCAAAGAAGGAAAAUGAUACCGUGACCUAAGUCCACAUUUAAAUUGAUAUUAAAAUCUAUGCCCAUUUUUUUUAGAUUGUAUUUGCAUAAUAAAAGCCUUUAAAAAACCAAA